AAGCCAUAUGAUGCCUGUCAAAUUUCAAGAAGGACAUCCUGGAGGGCAAGGACGUUGAUCUCGUCUCUCUUCUCAUUGCCCCCCAGGAUGUCACAGGGAACCACUUAUACACCUGGGGCGCUAUCUCAGUGGUCCUUAAGGCCAGAGACACAAUACUGAGUUAAAUUAUUCAUCAGUAUAGUUAUAAACUUCAUGGUCUGGGGUCAGUACAGACACUGCUGCACUCCACAGGUCUCAGCCUAUAUUCCUGGCAGUCGUGUCCAGUACGUCUACCCUCAGGUCAUUGGACCCAACAGGUAUAUAAGUAUAUUUAGUUAUGGCUUUUCAGCACAUCUAUCAGGUACCCCGGGUAGACCCUACACUGAUCAUAUGUUGCACUGAAAGUUACUGUACGAUAUCAGAAUGGCCAUGCUUCAAUUAUGGCUACGCUGUCAUAACCAGUAACUUUCAACUGAUCUACAACUUAAAUAAACACCAACCCACCCCAUUAAUUUCCCCUCAGACGUACGUUACCUUCCAGUACCACAGGAACUACAUUGGGCCUCUCUCAUCCUCUUAUGCAUAGUCCUCACACAAAGCCAUCUAUGGGCCUUUGCAACAUAAUUCAGGUACCUCAAAAUCCUCCCUAUACGGCAUUUCUCUGCAUUUACAAAUCCAGUCAGUCACUUACGUGAUCUCCAAUAUUAGUUUCCCACUGGUAAACUAGGAAUGUCCCACAUACUUCAUACAUAAUUCAGGUUCUUCUAGCGGAAGGACGCCCAGCGGGAACUCACCUAGGCACAAUAUAUUUAGGUGUCUCUUCCCUAUACAUAUAUAUGUCUUCAACUAGGGUCACCUACAUAUGUAGUCACCACGAUGCAGCGGCUUACACAGGACUUACUGCAAUCUCAGGGGACAAUUGGCUAUGGGGUAGGUGGCCGGGGUAAGUAAGCCAGAUCAAAGGGUUCCUUAGGAACUAUGCACGCUCCAAGGUAUAUCCCAUCCUAGCCGCAGCAGCAACAUGGGGUCAUUCAUGGGCAUGCAGACCGGUUCGAGAUCUCUGACAAUUUGUCAUUGGCCACGUCAUAAACAAGUCCGGUCUUGUAUCCCUUAUUUCAUCAGACGACUAACGUAGGGGAAGCCUAUCACCAAUUUUAUGUGGUAUGUUACUACGUACCAGGCAUUCACAAUACAGCUGCUGACCAGUUAUCUAGUCUUCAGUUUCAGGCGUUCAGGAGGUCCCUAACAACUGCCUCACCUGUAGCCAUGAUCACUCCCCAGCUCUAAGAAUUACCUAUGGAAUAGAAGAGUGGCUAAGUCACAGCAAGAAUUCACACAGUUGACCCUCAAAGAAUACGCACACUGCUCUGACAGAGUUUACUGCACAUAUUGAAGGUCAUGUCAGAUUACCACCUUACAAACUGGUUCAAGUAUACAACGUUGGGGGCUUUCGCCACUUUUUGCCACAUCAAAACAAUGUCACACAACACCAUUAAGUUAUAUCUCCCGGACAUUCAACGCCCAUGUUUUCAGUUACAAACACCAUUCUCAGAAAAUCGCCAUAUACUUGGCUUUUAUGGUUUCCCACGAUCAGAGAAUUUACCAUCAAAGGGCAACACGAUUCCAAGCUUUGCCUACGGUAUUCUAACCUGUACAAAUACAGGAUCACUUUGUAUUAACUUACCAUCAACUACGUCGAGCCAGAGGGGACACAAGGUACUUAUUCAGUACUACCCCACCAACAACGCUUAUCUCAGCCGACAGAGGAAUUUAGGAAUGCAUUUGUGUAAUUUCACCAUAAUACGCUAACUCCAUGUCUUGUGAUUUCGUAAUAAACCUCUUUUGAUUACACUAUAUGGGUAUUCCUUUUUGCCCACUUAUUUACAGGCCUACCACACACAUCAGUUUCGGCACACCUCUACCGACUUUUUGAUCAUUGUGAUAAGUAUACUCUCUAGCUAUUUCAUUCUAUACUGAAAUGGCCCCGACCACAAAUUGGAAGGCGGGGCCUGAAUUUGUGGGAGGGGCUAUGUCCCUUUAAAAGGGACUCUCCCCUCCUACCUAAACUUACCUACUGGUCCAGACGCUAUUUCAGACUAUACUGAAAUGGCCCAGACCAUAUAUUUGUGGUCUGGGCCAUUUCAGUAUAGUCUGAAAUAGCUAGAGAGUAUACGUAUAACAAUAAUCAAAAAGUCGGUAGAGGUGUGCCGAAUCCGACAUGUGUGGUAGGCCUGUAAAUAAGUGGGCCUACCUUAAAGAGUAUUGAAUAGAGUAUUGAAUAGAGUAUUGAAUAUAUAUACAAAAAUUUAAUACUCGGAUCAGCAAACAAUAGCAUAUUAAACCGGAGUAAGGUAGAUCUACAGAGUUUUCUUAUAUAACCUGGUUAACAUGACAUCAACGGAGACUGGCCCAUACUGAAAUGUCUUUAAUUGUCUCCAAUCAGAAAAAAAAUGUUCCAGUCACUGUAAAGAUUGUUUUUACUUUUGUCUAGUGUGGACAAUUUAUCUCCAGCAGUGGACUCUAGUCCUUUGUGCAGCAAAGCUAUAGAUUGGAAUUAAUGACAAAAAAUGAGGCAAAAUUUGUCAUACUUGAAGAAUGUGUUCCAUGAGUGGCUUAGUUAUUCUAAUACUAUAAAUGCUCAUGUUGCUGUUUUAUGUGUUCUUGUAUAAGCAAACUGAUAGGACUACAAAAUAUGUGCAAGCUAUCUGGAAAAUAAUCCUUUUCUUUUAAAAAUGUUUAGGUUACUCUUGCUUUUAAUUGCUGAAGCCAGAUCUUGCAUCCAAAGGGCUCAAAUUUACAUUCAAAUCACCACUGGGUGUUAAUUGUAAGGCACUACUGGGGUUCACAAUCUGGUAUGGAUCAGUAAAAAGGGACCAGAUUGUGUGUUUCUCAAUGCUUAUUUUUAGUAGUGAGACAGGUGUGAUAUUGUGCAAACAUACCAGAUUUUUUGUAAAAACGAACCGGUAUAAGCUGAGACCAUAAAAAUGGGAAUUGUAAACCACAGGAAGUAGUAGGUAAGAUAGGUUUUUUUUGGGGGUGGGGGGAAUUUAGGCAGGUCUCAGAAUAUGAACAAAGCAUGCAUAGUUCAAGAACAAAGUAAAAUAAGGAGAAUAAGGUCAUUAGGACCAAUGUAGUAUGGUGGAGAUUAUGGAGAAGAGUGAUAGUUUAUGCUUUCAAGUAGGGAUCGACCGAUAUUGAUUUUUUAGAGCCGAUACCGAUAUUCUGUGAACUUUCAGGCCGAUAGCCGAUAUAAUUUGCCGAUAUUCUGUACAUUUACCAUUUUGGAAAAUAAAAACUAUUUCUAAAGGUAAAUGCACAAAAUAUACAUGCCACGUGUAGUGGAUGCAGUGUGACAGGGGAGCUGUGUGUGUGUGUAGUGGAUGCAGUGUGUGUCUUUGUGUAGUGUGUGUGUAGUGGAUGCAGUGUGUGUCUUUGUGUAGUGUGUGUGUAGUGGAUGCAGUGUGUGUCUUUGUGUAGUGUGUGUGUAGUGGAUGCAGUGUGUGUCUUUGUGUAGUGUGUGUGUAGUGGAUGCAGUGUGUGUCUUUGUGUAGUGUGUGUGUAGUGGAUGCAGUGUGUGUUUGUGUAGUGUGUGGGUUGUGGAUGCAGUGUGUGUUUGUGUAGUGUGUGUGGAGGAUGCAAUGUGUGUUUGUGUAGUGGAUGCAGUGUGUAUUAGUGUAGUGUGUAUAUAAUGAAAGCAGAGUGUUUGUGUAGUGUAUGGGUAGUGUGCGUAAAGUGAAUGCUGUAUAUACUAAAUGCAAAGUGUGUGUGUAUAUAAUGAAUGCAGAGUGUGUGUGUAUUUGUGUAGUGUGUGUAUAGUGAAUGUAGUGUGUGUUUGUAUAGUGUGUGUAUAUAAUGCAGUGUGUUUGUGUAGUGUGCAUUAUGUAAACACACUACGCAAAUACACUGCAUUAUAUACACACACUAUGCAAACACACUGCAUUAUAUACACACACUACACACACAAACACUGCAUUAUAUAAACACUACACAAACACACACACUGCAUUAUAUACACACUGCACAAACACACACUGCACAAACACACACUGCACAAACACACACUGCACAAACACACACUGAAUUAUAUAAACACACUACACAAAUACACUGCAUUAUAUACACACACUACACAAAUACACUGCAUUAUAUACACACUGCAUUAUAUACACAGUGUGUUUGUAUAGUGUGUGUAUAUAAUGCAGUUUGUGUGUGUGUAUAUAAUGCAGUUUGUGUGUGUUUGUAUAGUGUGUGUAUAUAAUGCAGUUUGUGUGUGUUUGUAUAGUGUGUGUAUAUAAUGCAGUUUGUGUGUGUUUGUAUAGUGUGUGUAUAUAAUGCAGUUUGUGUGUGUUUGUAUAGUGUGUAUAUAAUGCAGUGUAUUUGUGUGCAUUGUAUACAAACACACACUAUACAAACACACACUAUACAAACACACACUAUACAAACACACACUAUACAAACACACACUAUACAAACACACACUGCGUUAUAUACACAGUGUGUUUGUGUAGUGUCUGUGUAUAUAAUGGAGUGUGUGAGGGGGAAUUUUUUAUUAAAUAAUUUUUUUAUAUAUAUAUUUAAUUAUUAUUUUUUGUCCCCCCUCCCUGCUUGUUGCCUGGCCAGGGAGGGGGGAUAUAGCAGUCCCUGGUGGUCCAGUGGUAUUGGCUGAGCAGAGCAAGCGCUUACUCACCUCCCAGCAGCUCCUCCAGCUCCCCAGUGCAACUCUCGCGGCCAGCGUGUCGCGCGGAGCGUUGCCAUGGUGAUCCAUGGCAACGCUCUGACGGCCGCGGGUCUCGCGAGAGUUACACUGGGGAGCUGGAGGAGCUGCUGGGAGGUGAGUAAGCGCUUGCUCUCCGCCCCCCCAGGACCGCCGGGCUUGUAAUGAGCCUGGCGGUCCUAGGAGGUAUUAUCGGCAAUAUCGGUAUCUGAAUUGGCCGAUACCGAUAUUGCCGAAAAUACCGAAUAUCGGCCGAUUAUAUCGGUAAAACCGAUAAUCGGUCGAUCCCUACUUUCAAGGUACAUUUUUUCUUUUAAGUGAGUGUUCACAAAUGGGGAAAGUUUUUCUUCAGCAUGGACCAUACACAUCCACUCACAAGUUUGAGUGGUCAUGGGCUCGUCAUUCCUGCCAUAGCUCAUCAUUCCUGGACAAAUUUGGAGUGUCUAUUUUUAAAAUGUAUUUAUAUAAAAUGUAUUUAUUUUAUUACUUGGAAUUUGGAGUGUGAUACUUGUAUUACAGAAUAUUAAAUGAUCAUUAAUGUAUUUGCAAUAUUUUUUAAUCAGAUGUACAAAUGAAAACACAAAAAUUGGAGAUGAUCUUCUGGAGGCUAUUAGUAUUGUAACUGAAGAAAGGAUCUCUACUCCUUCCUCUUUGAAUCAACUAGAGGAAACCUGGACUGAAUACAGCUUUUCACAGGAAAAGAUCCGGAGUUGCUCAGAUGUGGUAAACCCUUAAUAAAUGAACCUGUUAAUUUGCCACAAAGUAAAGUAUGAAAAUCUACCCUGAAAUCCUAUGUUCAUUAUACAUAUUUCCAUUUAUGGGAUACUACAGUGACCACCCCCCCUUUUUUUUUCUCUCUCAUGUUUAUAGUUAUUUAUUUUUAUAUUCUUUAUUUUGGCUGUGCAGAGUAAUACAAAGAUGCCUGCAAUGUCACGACAGCAGAAACAAGCUUUUACAUAUCAACAAAAGCAAAUAAAAGCAGGCAUUUGAUUUUCAGCACAAUUUUGUAAAUAUAACUGUAAACAAAAGGUCUAAAAUGUCUCCACUUAUUCUUGUACUACAAGCUUAUUGUUUAGACACAUAGACAUGAGAGUCACUUAAGUUAGAAUCCACUGGGUCAUAGUGCAUUAAAAUUAUAUCGUACUGAGUUAAAUGAGGCUGAGGCUUAUAAAAAUAAAAUAAUAACACAUGUAUAAGGUACAGAAUUGGGUUAAAUGUAGGGGUGUCCAAAUAGGCCUUAAAAUCAGAGUUGACAACUACUACACAUUAAGAGAGGCUCAACCAAACUAACUGUUAUAGAUAGUAUAGAUGGCCCCUCAGCUGAUACCAGUAGAGGGAGAGAUAGAGUCCCAAAGAAACUGCAGUCCAGGUAUGUUCAUGUGAUCUUCCCACCCCAUUCCUCCCCCCCCCCACCCCCUUCCCGGUUCCAAACUUCCAGUAGGAGAUGGCACAGGAUGUAUAUGCUUCUGUUAGCUGGAGAUUGAGCCUACAGCACACCGGUCCCUCGCACCCAGCACCGUUCAGUCAGGACUUCUCCAUCAGAGUGACUGUACUUAGGGGGAUCAUUCCUAAUGGCUUGCAGCCAAUGUGAUUGAGAGCGAGCAUGUACUCCAUACCUUUCGUGUUUCUAUUUUAGUUGAAGUUUUCAAGUUGUACAUUAGAAAACAUUAUUGGCAGAUGGAACAAAUGUGAAAUAGAAUGGAAAAAGGGAAAAUGUUCAUAUAAAUAAUAAGACGAUAUCUCUCCUGCUGCAACACAUUUCCUGCUUUAUAUUUUAAAGCCACUGCUUGCAAAUACAAUAGUGUCCUCUUACCCUGGUAGCCGAGCGAGUGGUCAUUUCACUGAAAUGCACUUGAAAAGAAUAGAGAGAGUACAGCAUCAGCAGACACAUUCCAUUGAUGCAUUGCUUUAAAAUCCAUUCCUUCAUCAAAAAGUAAAAUACAAACAAAUUGUAGCAUAAUAUAAGCUCCAAACAUGCAAAUCCCAAUUUUACAUGUUUUGUGCUUAACUUGCACUUUCUCAAGACAUUAAUUAUAUCUGAAAGACAUAGACCUGGAAUGUAGCACGUUUAAAACAUUCUUUAUGCUGCGGUUUAUUCUUCGAAAGUGAAAUACAAACUGCAGCAUAAAGAAUGCUCAAAACGUGCUACUUUCCAAGUCUGUUUCAGGUUUAACUAAGGUCUUGAGAAAGUGCAAGUUAAGCACAAAACAUGUACAAUUGGGAUUUGCAUGUUUGGAGCUUAUUGUAUGCUACAAUUUGUUUGUAUUUGACUUUUUGAUGAAGGAAUGGAUUUUAAAGCAAUGCAUCAAUGGAAUGUGUCUGGUGAUGCCAUACUCUUUAUCUUCUUCUCAAAGGAAAAUGUUCAGCUUGCAAUGACAACAUUGUACAGGAGUAAAGUCAAAUCAUAGUAAUAAACAUGGUGGUGCCUAGGGUAAUCAGUUUGUGGUGAAAGUCUAUAAUCAUUCAGUUGAGUGCAGUAGGAUUUACCAAGGCCAGAGAACAGAUGGGGGGGGGGAGAGGGGAUAUUCCUUAUUAUAUUUUUAUAAAUUUGCCUGUCACAUUAUGAAACAUACUUCUAUGCAGACCUAUGUAGUAGUCAAGACACCUAAAACGUUAUCAGUCAGCUGCAACAUGAGAUCUAGCUGCUAUGGCUGGCACCUGGAAAAUAUAUAUAUUCAUAUUUCUCCUGUCUCCACACAGUCUGUAUCUUGUCACAAGAGGUCAUUUAAAUGGGGCAGGCCCAUAUAUGAGGACACAGGUCAGCUCAGGUGCCAGUUCGCCAGUUGUCCUUCUUGCACCAUUUUUGGUAUGUACUAACCACUGCAUAAUGGGAACACCUUACAAUACUUGCAUUUAGGCAUGCUUUGACCCAUUCGUCACACAGAUCUUUUCGUUGGCCCAUUUUUAAAAAAUUUUUGCAUCCAACACAUGAAAUUAAAGAACUGACUGUUCACGUGCUGCCGAAUAUAUCCCACCCCAUUGAUGGGUGCCAUUAUAAUCAAUUAUAUUCACUAAACCUGUAAGCGUUUUUAAUGUUGUUGCUGAUCAGUGUGUAUAUGCCAAAGGUUUGAUUGAGCAUCUUUUCCCUAUUCACCUUGGAUAAACCUGCUGAAUUAAAAUUCUGUGCCACAAGGAUCUGUUUCACACAGAGGUAAAUAAAGAACUGUUUAGGCAGAAAAGUUUAUUCCCUUUGGAGCUCUAGAAAGAGUUUUAUAUUCUCUGAAUUGUGAAGGUGUGUCACUCUUCGCAGGAUAAAACUUAUAAGGAAAGGUUACGGAACUUCACAUGUAUAGCUUGGAGGAAAGACGAGAUGGAGGGGAGGGGAUAUGAUAGAAACAUUUAAAUACAUAAAGGGAUUCAACACAGUAAAGGAGGAGAUUAUAUUUAAAAGAAAAACUACAACAAGAGGACAUAGUCUUAAAUUAGAGGGUCAAAGGUUUAAAAAUAUCAGGAAGUAUUACUUACAGAGAGGAUACUGGAUGCAUGGAAUAGCCUUCCAGCUGAAGUGGUAGAGGUUAACACAGUAAAGAAGUUUAAACAUGCGUGGGAUAGGCAUAAGGCUAUCCUAACUAUAAGAUAAGGCCAGGGACUAAUGAAAGUAUUUAGAAAAUUGGGCAGACUAGAUGGGCCGAAUGGUUCUUAUCUGCCGUCACAUUCCAUGUUUCUAUGUUUCUACCACUGCCAGCUUGAUGUAAUGGUGAAGGUCAAAUGUUAGAAGACAAAAAGAGCGGACUGGGAUGCUAAAAGAAGCUUGAGGGUGGGAGAGACCAAUCUAUCAAUCCAAUGAGACCAAAUUUAAAGUGAGAAUGCAGAAUAUUGAAGUGUAGGGCUAUUGGCUGUUUAAAGAUGUUUAGGCACUCCUAACAAUGUUGUAGAGCGUAAUGAUGUAUACAGGAAUUCUCAGAUUUUUGCCAUAAGUGUUUCCGCUGAACCUCUAGUUUUGGAAAUACUGCACACCCCUAAGCACUUUGUGCGAAGAGUGUCCCACACCCUAUAUUUUUUCCUGCCCAUUUUACAAAAAAUGCAGAUUUUAAUAGAAAUUGUCACUUCUACAAAUUAAGCUUGUUACACUCCACUGGGUGGCAAUCAAACAACCCGUCCUAUUUCUUCCUCAAGAAGCAGGUAAUUGCUCACAGCACCUGCUUUGUGAAUACUUUUGUGUCUGGGCUGGGAACAAAUGGAAUGACUUGCAAGGACAGCAAACAGAAAAUCUGCAGCUUUUGCAAGUUGUUUUUUUAGAUGUACCCCAAUUAAAAUAGGCAUAAUAAAAUGCAUGUCUUCAUUAGGUGUAUAAUCAAUUAACAGGGAUUUGUAGAUCUUUGAGUUUGGGCCUUAAGGAUGGUGGGCGUUCUAUGCUGUCCUUUUUUGGGUGGCUCUAAACGCCAGACAGGGUGCAUAGAACGUGCCCACCGUCCUUUGUACUCACCGGGUCCCUGCCGAUCCCACGCUGGAGGUUGCGAUCCUAGGGUCUGCCUGGGAGCACAGACAGACCCCCUCUGCCUGAUCCGGCCAUGUGAUCGCGGGGUCCUCACAAAUUACAUUGCUGAAAUAGCUGGCUUGUGCAGUGCCUGCAGGGGAACUGCCUGAGCUCUCAUUUUUUACAUUGCAGCUCCAAGUCUGCCCUCAGUGGUUGUUUAACAGACAGCCACUAUAGGGCUUCCGUAAUCCAAACGGCCAUUGCCGCACAUGCGCAUUAGGUCUCCCCCACUGGCUCACGUCGGCGGGCGAGGAGCGUGGGCAGUGCCUGAGCCAGCUCAGAGGGACAUUGGCGAUGGAUUCAGGCUAUCUGGAAAAUAAUCCUUUUCUUUUAAAAAUGUUUAGGUUACUCUUGCUUUUAAUUGCUGAAGCCAGAUCUUGCAUCCAAAGGGCUCAAAUUUACAUUCAAAUCACCACUGGGUGUUAAUUGUAAGGCACUACUGGGGUUCACAAUCUGGUAUGGAUCAGUAAAAAGGGACCAGAUUGUGUGUUUCUCAAUGCUUAUUUUUAGUAGUGAGACAGGUGUGAUAUUGUGCAAACAUACCAGAUUUUUUGUAAAAACGAACUGGUAUAAGCUGAGACCAUAAAAAUGGGAAUUGUAAACCACAGGAAAUAGUAGGUCAGAUAGGUUCAGCCCCCGAGGGAGGGGGGCACUCCAGGAGCCUAUAGUGCCCUGUUUCUCCUGAACAAAAUUAUGUAUAAGUGUGGGUGAACGUAAUAUGAAAGAGGUGAAUUACACCUUUUUUUGUUGUUUACGUUUUGUUUUGAUCACAACGUGUACAACUACCUCAGUCCUAAAUGGGUUAAUGUAUCAUGUUAAGAAAUUAAUACAUUCAAAAAAUAAAUUACAAAUAUAAAAAACUAUUAAUUUUUUUAUUUUUUAUUUUUAAACGCAUUCCUAGACAUCAACCUAGAGAUCUGGUGACAAAAAGUCUUUUGGCCAGUCAUGGGGCUCUUUUUGGCUAAUUCCUUAAGGUGUUUACCAGAUAAUUGCGCUCUGCUCCAAGACCAACUAUAAUAUAUCAAAAGUUUGGUAUUGCUUCUUAUUGCAUUCAGAAUUUUCAAUACAAAACUUACAUAGAAGUGGCAGAUCUAUUCUUAGUCCAAGACGGAGAAGAACCCACAGGCCUAUGGUUAUACCAGAUAAUCUUUCCUUGAACUGACCUCUGAUUCAUCAGAUGCUGCAAGUACAGCCAUCCCAUGGCAGUCUGUAAACUCUCUGAUUUCAGUCAUCUGUCUGGGUUGUGUUUUUGUUGGUUACUUUUGGUGGGGUUUCAAAAGUUACUAAGAUUUUGUUUUCAGGUUUUUUUAGAUGAUCUGUUGGCAAGUAGAAAUCAAAUUCAGCAAACUCUUCACUCGUCGGUGGAGUUAUUUAUUCUUGAAGUCGAUGAAUUGCCGCUUGAAGGACGCCAAACAAAAUUAAAGGUAACUCCUUUAGAGUUAUGUGAUUUAAUUUGUAUAAUUAUUGGUUAUAUAAGUACUCAAAGUGCAUUACAACACUCACAGAACUGUUCCCUUUAGUGAUAAUAGCCAGAGAUUUAAAGUCUAUUUAAAAAUUAAGGCCAAGGUAGUCAAAUUAGAAAAAAUCUUCAAAUUCGUUUUUUCAAUUUAGCUAUUUUAGUCUUAAAUGUCAAAUUUACUUUGAAUCGCUUGCAAUUCUCACUUUAGUGAAAUAUUUUUUUAUUGUAUACCAUCGUAAAUUUUUGAGUCAGAAAUUUUGUACAGGUCUUAGGCGUUCAAUUUAAUGUUUUAACAUCUUGUAUUUAAUUUUUUAAAUAUAUAUAUUCAUUUUUAACAAUCUUUAUUUUUAUAUUUAACAGUAAAGUACAGUACUCUUACAUAUGGAAAAAGAAAAAAAUUGUAUCACGUAAAUAAUUUGCUGUACAUAGACACGGAGGACAGAGUUUUCAAGUUCUACAAAUUUGUGCAAAAUCCUCUCCACUAACUCCCAUUUGGUAUUUGAGCUGAACCCUAAGCAUAUCCUAUGAAUGGGAAGGGUGGAGAGGAGAGAGGGGGGAAAAAUAUUGAGGAUAUCUUCAAGUUUGGAGGUAUAAGCAGAAGACUUGGUAUUCAAGGCAGCUUAUGUCUACCUGCGUGAUAUGUAACUUAGCAAUGGUGUCCAUGUCUGUGUGCAUUGCUAGUGCCUUUUAAAAAUGACUAGGUAUAUUUCCAUCUACUGCUGGAGAGUGGUCGUAAACCGUUUCUUCCACAUAGUGCUAAUAAGGCUUUUUGCAGCUGUUAACAGUGGCUUUAUAAGAUAUUUCUUAUAGAGCUGUAAGGGCUUUGUAGUGUGGUCUAAUACCAUGGGUAAGGGCUAAGUGGGAGGGGUGUAUCUAUGAGCCCUGAUGGAGGCAUAUGCACUUCUUUCAGUAAGCUGCAAUGACCACCAGAUGUUGAGACUGGGACCCAAAGAAAAUUGGUUACCUGGUAAUACUUCACGCAUAUAUCUAUACAACACCGCAUAUAUAUAUAUAUAUAUAUAUAUAUAUAUAUAUAUCUGCCUUAACAUAUAUAUAUAUGUAUAUAUAGUGUGUGUGUGUUAAAGGCCAUUAGGCCUGAAUUUGUGGGAGGAGUUACUUAUUUCAUAAGCUCUCCCAAUUUCUCACCUUUUGCCCGUUCAAGCUGAUUGACCCCACCCACCUGCACCCAUCAUAUAUUACAUUGUAUCACCUUUGGGCCCUCUAUUAUUACAGGAGCCUACUGGAUUCGUUGAAGGUUUGAGGCGCACACUCCAGCUAACUAGCCAAAUAUUCCUUAUACACAUUCCAUAACCUAAUAUAUUCCGAGCACACAUAUACACACACACACAAGAUGUUGAAGAGAGCACUCCAGAGGAUUUGUUUAACAAGUUUUAUAUGUGAUGCAAAAUGAUCAACGUUUAGGCAAGAGGUCAACUUUUGUCAAGAUGUGAGUACAAGUGAAUAAGUUGUGUAUAUAUAGGACAUAAAUAGUAAUAAUAUAAUCACUUACCCAGUGCAGGUGUGACCCCCAGAUCCCUAAAUGAACGCUGUGCUGUGCGCAUGUGUGACCGGUGUGUGACGUCAUCAUACCGCGAACGAGAGGUCAGGAAGGCGUCUGUUUGCCAUAGUGACGCGAUAUUGAAGAAAAUAAGUGCAUAUGAAACGUGCAUUUCGGUCAAAGUAAAAUAAGAAUAAAAUGAGCAAGGAGGAAAUGCAGAAAGGUGUACAGAUGGUGUAUACACAACAGAUCUGUCAGUACCAAAAAAUGAGGGGAAAGCCCAAACCAAUUGAAUAGUGGAUGAGUGGAUGAAAGGGGAUGUGAUCAGAUCAGUUGUGUAUACAUCAUCUGUACACCUUUCUGCAUUUCCUCCUUGCUCAUUUUAUUCUUAUUUUACUUUGACCGAAAUGCAUGUUUCAUAUGCACUUAUUUUCUUCAAUAUCGCGUCACUAUGGCAACCAGACACCUUCUCGACCUCUCGGUCGCGGUAUGAUGACGUCACAAGCCAGUCACACGCGCACAGCGUUCACUUAGGGAUCUGGGGGUCACACCGGCACUGGGUAAGUGAUUAUAUUAUUAUUUAUGUCCUACAUAUACAACUUAUUCACUUGUACUCACAUCUUGACAAAGACCUCUUGGGUCGAAACAUUGAUCAUUUUGCAUCACAUAUAAAACUUGUUAAACAAAUCCUCUGGAGUGCUUCAACAUCUUGUAUUUAUCCACGCUGUGCAGCACCGAGGUUCAUCUCAACGAACUCUUAAAGGUAGAGUGCCUGACUUCCUUACAAUAUAUAUAUAUAUAUAUAUAUAUAUAUAUAUAUAUAUAUAUAUAUAUAUAUAUAUAUAUAUAUAUAUAUAUAUAUAUAUAUAUAUAUAAUAUACACACACACACAUCUCACUUUGGGUUUUAAUUUUUAUCAAGUUAUGAUGUACUGCUUAAUGCUCUGUGCAUUUCUUCUAUUUGUAGGCAUUGCUGCUUUCACUUAGUGCUGUUUAUGGAACGCAUGCCGAGAGUGAAGGUUUGGAUUCUGUGUUUGAUACAUUUUUCAAGUGGAAACAGGCCAAAAUGGAGCAGUUCAACUGUGUCAGAAAUGACACUAACAAUUCAUUAGGAUCCCUGUCCUCAUGGUUCUAUGACAUCAAAGAGGUAUUGUUUAAAAUAAAUAUUAAUCCUGAACACACACUUAUAGAUCAUUUUAGAAACGUGACACAACUUUGGAAUUCAAAGCUUUUAUUUUUCUAAUUUUAAAUGAGUUACAUGCAAAACAGGUGGCACAUUUUAGCGUUACCUGUUUUCUUUUUCAAUUUGUGUGUCUAUUUUUUUAUCACACCAUGCUCUCAUGGUGUAAACAUUUUCAUUUUAAGUGUAAUCUCUCAGACCUGGCAAUGGUAGCCUUGGGAAAAUAACUAUGCAUACUAAAAUUAACCUUCUUAAAGGGAAACUCCAGUGACAGGAAAAUCAGUUUUCUUGGCACUGCAGGUAACCUCUCCCUCCCACCCCCCUCAGGUAAGUGACCUGAAGGGGUGAAAACCCCUUAAGGUCACUUACCUGAGACACCGCCGAUGUCCCUCGGCGUUGGUUUCUUCUCGCAGCCGCUCCUCCCAGUCAUUACGUCGGCCAGUGGCGAGACUGAUCCCGCCCACUGGCCGGGGAGACCUAAUGCAUUAGAGCUCCCCAUAGGAAAGCAUUGAAAAUACUGUUCAAUGCUUUCCUAUGGGGAAUUGAGCGACGCUGGAGGUCCUCACACUGCCUGAGGACGUCCAGCGACGCUCUAGCACAGGUUUUCUGUGCUAUAGAGCAGGAAGUGCCGUCUAGUGGCUGUCUAGUAGACAGCCACUAGAGGUGUAGUUAACCCUGGAAGGUAAUUAUUGAAGUUUAUAAAAAAAACUGCAAUAAUUACACUUGCAGGGUUAAGGGUAGUGGGAGUUGGCACCCAGACUACUCCAAUGGGCAGAAGUGGUCUUGGUGCCUGGAGUGUCCCUUUAAGAUGCACUAAGUUUGCCUGAACUGUUAAUGUUGUAAACCCACUCUGUUCAAUAACUUUUAUAUAAAAAUAGCAUAACAAUGUGUAAGCUACCACUUUCCUUUAAUGUGCCAACAAUAAUUGGGCUUUUGCAUCUUUCACUCUUUUUAGCUCUGUUUAUCUAUGGACACUAAAAAAGUUAACAAAGAAAAACAUUUACAUUUCCUAGCACUUCGGUUAGCAUAAGGUGCAUGGGACAUUUUAUUGUUAAAGUAAUGCCAACUAAUGUUUGGCAUUUCACUUGCAUUACGAAGUACCAAGUUUCUGGACUGUACAGUGGUAAACAUAUUGCCUACAAUAAUCAUGGCUAAAUACUGAUAAAGAAAGCUUUUGUGAGUUUACAAUCAAGUGUAAUGCUAUCCCAUGAAUGUGUCCUUAAUAAAUUAGCUAUAAAAUGACAACUGAGGGGCGAAGCUAGCAACGGUGCUGCACGGACGCAAGCUUAGACAGCUCCGGCUGACCGAUCACAAUCUCGCCUAUAUCCAAGUCCACUCACACAAUCGGAAAGCCCAACACUCUGUAAAGGACGCAGGAGCUACACCCGCACCGAUUGAUGCCCUUCUUUCUCCCUAAAAACGCGCCCAGGCGGAGACGCAGGCCAGGGGGCCUACACCACACGAGAGACCCCGGACUUGGGACUUCUCGGCGGAGUAUAUGACCAUUGCUUACCUAACCCCAACCUUCGUCAGAACCUGAACCAGUGACCCAGAUGCCAGCCAUGGGACGGAGAUCCCAAAAACAAAACCCUCCGUCCGCUCACCGAGACAUCGGAGCUUUGCUCCAGAAACAAGCGCAACCCAAGAUGGCGCCCACGGAGUGCAUCUCUGCCGCCACACCGGCCGCAGCACCCGACGAACGGCACUCACAAGAGAGGGCUACUACACUCCCCACACCACAAGUACCUGCAGAGACUGCAGAGGACUCUUGUCCCACAAUUAAACACGACCUGAAGGUCCUGCUGCACGACUUCCACAAGGUGCUCGCAGCUGAACUCGCAGUACUAAGGUCAUAUAUUCAAAACACAACUGACAGAGUGCGAGCCACUGAAGAGGACAUAAUGAAUAUAUUGUACCUCAAGUUAGCUUUCUAGGACAAAGACUAACUAUAUACGCUUAAAUUAUUGUACAAUUCUUAUGACUUUGAUAACUGCAAAUUGGCAUCACCUAUAUCCUUUUUAAAUCAAUGCUUGUAUGUUAUUUCCCAAAUAUUUUCCCAAGUUGUUUUGCCAAACUCCCUUUGCCUUUGGAAAGUACCUGCAUAUUUGCCUCUAAAAGUCUUUUGCUCUUUCUAUUCCACAAGUUUUUUGAUCUGACAGCUGACACAUCCUUGAGUGCUUCUGAUGUUGUAGGAAACAUUGAUGAUAUACUAAACAAAGUUGAGUCGGACAUCUCAAAAGAACUGGAAAUCUCACUUAUGGUAUGUGUGUUAAUCACUUCUCUGCUUAGCUCUCUUCUCUUACCUCUACCCAGAUUCUCUCUCUCAUUCCCCCAUUUAUCUCCUCCCACUUAAUCUGAAUUAGCCAUGUCCCAACUCUCCUUUGGUACCCGCUUUUGUCACAUUUCUCUUUGUUACCGGUCUUCUACUACUGCUUUCUUGUGUGGAAUGCUAUCCACUGUGAAAUGAGCUGUAUCACACUAGGAAAAGUGAUAUAUUUUCCCCACCUUUUGCAAUGUUUUCUGCCAUACUUUGUUCACAUCAGGGCUAUACUGACUUUUUUUUUUUUCCUUCUUCUAUGUGUUAGGAUUCAAUACACAACAUAAGUACUCUGCAUACAUUUAAUCUUUAGUAAUGUCAUUAGUUUCCUCACAAAUAAGCAUGUUGCUUCUUGCAGAACACUCCUGGUCUUCAUCAUUCUUUCCCUUUGAGUUUGGCCUGCCAGUCUUAUUUUCUUGGCAAAAAAGAAAGAUGGACCCUUUCACAUUCCAGGCUCUAUAGAGUACCCUUUGUGGCUUAUCAAAUUGAAUAUCGGCACACUGUUAUAUAGGAGAUGCUUUAUUUUCCUUUCAGUGGCUUCUUUUCAGUAGUCUCUAUUUUUUUCUGAGGUACAUCUAAAAGCUAUACUGAAUUAAAAAGAAUGUGAAAAAGUAACAAUUUAAAUCAAAACAUGCCAAGUGCCAACCCCUCCUUCCCCCACAAAUACAACUUCAACCCCAGAAAAGAACAGUCUUCCCUUUCUAUCCAGACAAAAUUGGAGCUUGUGCAGCUAUUACCAGGAAAAUGAUUGAAUCAGCUUGACACUUUUGUGAAUGGAGACCAGAGGGAUAGCCAGUUAUAAUAUAGUGCUUUAGAGGUCAGUAGUGUCCAGGGUUAUUUACUGAAAUAAUUCAAAGUGAAUUUCAGAUUCAAAGUUAAAAUAGGCAACCUGGAAAAAUUCUUACUUAUUCUGUCAGUUUGACUACUCUGGUAUUAAAUUUUAUAUUCUUACUUUAGUUAAAAACCCUGCUAGAUAGACUUACAUACUGUGAACCUUUGUUUUUAAACUUUUUUUUUCCUCUGACUAAGCAUUUGUGUAAUUAAUGUAAUCUACUUCAACUUUAGCAACAUAGACAAAUUUCCCAAAAAAUCACACCAAACAUUUAUUUAGAACUUGGCUUAUUAUUAGCUGAGGUUACGUUGAGAAAAGAUGUUAAAACAAAUGUGCUCAUUUUGAUAUUUAAUGUAAAGGUUAUUAAAAGAAAUUCAAAUUUUUAGGCCAAAAUGUCUGAUCUGGAAAAAGCCAGCAACUUUAUGUUAAUUUUGGCCUAAAAUUUCAAAUUCAAACCCAAUUCCUGUAUGUAGUAAUAUAUAUUAUGAUGUAAUUUAAAAAAAUUGUAACCUUAGUUUUAAUGUGAUGCAGGAACAAAAUGAAGAAGACAAGAAAAUAAUAAGAAAUGCAUACAACAGGGUUGUGGAAUUGAUUCAUCAGGAACUUGCACUCAUCUCCGUUAUUCAGUCGAAAUAUUCAUAUAGUGUUGAGGUAAACGUUGGUCUAGAAUGUUUUUGUUUAAUGUGUAGAAGAAGAUAUACAUAACUGACAUCUUCAUCCUCCUAUACAAGAUGAUGGAAAAAUUAAUGAUUGUAGUACUCCUCUCUCAAAAAAAAUGUUACUAUAGAAACUGCAUAUUUUAAUUUAAGGAGCGGUGCUAGAACCUGAGGGAGAUAGACCUCAUUCUUAACCGUUUACCUUUAUUAAAAUUAGAUACAUUCUUCCUUUUCGGUAUGUAGAUAUAUAUAUUAUUUCGUUCUAUGUGUAUUUUGAUAAUAAAUAAAUAUAUAUAAUCACAAUACAGUUAGAACGAAAUAACACACAUCUAUAUAUUUUUUUUUUUUUUUUUUAAUUCUUUAUUUAUAGAGUGCAAGAAAUAACAUAGUGUUCAGUAAGCCACAACAGCCUCUGUACACAGAGUGAUAACAAGUCAUAUAAAACAGAGUUAUGGCAUUUGUAUAUAUCGCACAUUUUUUAGAUUUUAUAGUAUGCUUAACUUACAAGCUAAAUAGUAAAUGGCUGGAGCUACUGUUAAGGGAAAGUGGCUGAGCUUUGUGUAUACAUAGGCAUGUUGCUAAUCAUUUUAAAGUGAUACAGUAAAUAAAGCAUGAGGGAAUGCAUAUAGCUAACAGCUAAUGAAGACUUGCUGCAAUUGUGCCACUAGGUCCCAGUCGCAAGCUUCUUGGUUAGAAGUAGCUCCGUUUUGCCCAAAGAACAUAAUAAUAAAACAUAAGCAGAGACAUAAUAAUAAAAAGGACACAAGAACAAAAACAAAAUACCCCUGGUUGAGAAUAAGCUGGGGCACAUAUAUGGCCUGAGUCCUUGUGGCUGACAGGUAGCAGUGUGCUGUUAGUUCAGCCUAUGCCCGAUAAGUAAUGUCCAGACUGCCAAGAAGAGUGUGAGCUCCCUUUCACCGUCUUAUAUAUCUGUCGUCGGUGUUGUGUCUUGUAUAUGCGUGCGCUGUGUAGCUGUGGUGUACCUGGUCCGGGCUGUAAUCUGGAGCCGUCGUUGGCUGGGUGUGAGACGGGUGGCUUUGUCUUUCUGCCUCUUAGAUCUGUCCGGACGGUGUUGGCGAUGCGGUGGGCAGUUGAUGUCUGCAGGCUUUCAUUCCGGUUGUGGAGCUUUGUUUGUUGUGGGCCGCGAUGACCCUGUCGGGUGGAGGGUGGUCCGCACGAGCCUCCCACAGGAGUCUUUGGCGCCUUUGCUCCAUUAUUGUGUGUUGUCUUGGGGCGGUCCAUGUCCGUCCGUCGCUUCCACCACCGGGCCACAGUACCCUGCACCCGCUCUUUCAGUGGCAACGCUUUGCUUGGAUGCUUUUCAUGUUUGCGGGGGGGUGUGUGGCGGCGUGCUGCCGUUGUGGCUGGUUUCUGUACCGGUUGCGAGCUUCUCUCCCGCAUUCGUUCCCAGAAUCUCAGGCAAACAGCAUCGAAUUUCGCAUUGAAGGCUGCUGCCCAUUCUUCAUUAGUCUGCUGCAUCAGUUUAGCGGCUGCACAGUCGGCCAUAUUAGCUGGGCCUUGUGGGUUUGCCUGAACGGCGUUGUGUCGUGAUGUGUCCCAGAGGUGGGUGCUCUUAGGGCGCUGGUGGACCGGGAUGACCCCCACCGGUCCAGAGGGGGGGGACAGGUGCCCUUCUUCACUAGGGGCUUCUUUCGUGGGGGGGGAGAGCGGCCGUCUCUCCUGCUCCCGCCUUUCGAGUAGGCCUCAGUUACUUGUUCUGCAAAUAUUGCUCGGUUCGUCGCUUGAUGGGUAUCUUUGUGCUCAGAUAUUUGUCCCCUUUCAAUUGCUGGCUUUGUUGGGCCGGUUGGUCGCCGUUUGGGUCGUGUAAAGCGGCUUUUCAUGCGGGCUAUAGCAGGAGCCCUUGAGGAUGUCGACCGCUCGGCUUUGCAGUCAGGCCCCGCCCCAUCUAUAUAUUUUUUAAUUAUUAUUUUUUUUUAAUUUUAAAAUUUUAUUUUUGAACGUAUUUACAUAUUUAAUUUUUUUAUAUUAUUUAUAUAUAUAUAUAUAUAUAUAUAUAUAUAUAUAUAACAAUAAUUAUAUAUUUAUUUAAUCAGUAUCAGUCUACGUGUAAUUUUAUAUAUAUAUAUAUAUGGCAAAGAUUUUUUUAUAUAUAUAUGUAUAUAUAUAUAUAUAUAUAUAUAUAUAUAUAUAUUAAUAGUAAAAUACACCUAGACGGUGUACGUGUGUGUAUAUAUACUUAGAUCAUAUAUAUAGAAUAUAUAUAUAUAUAUAUAUAUAUAUAUAUAUAUAUAUAUAUAUAUAUUUAUUUUUUUUUUUUUUACACUAAUAAAAUUUUAAUUUUUUUUUCAGCCAGCAGGGGGACCACCUGUCAUUACAGGCAGCCCCCUGCUGGCAAUGCAGGAGGCAGCUACCCGGCCAUGUGAUUGUGGGGUCCUCGCAGGACCCCACUCUCACAUGGCGGGGCAACGAGGAGGAGGAUCUGCCUCCCUGGGAGUCACUUUCCGUCAUGAUCGCCGGGCGGGACCGCCGACGACCGGUAAGCAAAAAACCGGAGGGCGUACAAUUACGUCCUGGCGGCGUUUAGAGCCGCCUAAAAUAGGGCGUAAUUGUACGCCCUCCGGUCAGAAGGGGUUAAGCAUGCGUGGGAUAGGCAUAAGGCUAUCCUAACUAUAAGAUAAGACUAGGGAGUAAUGAAAGUAUUUCGAAAAUUGGGCAGACUAGAUGGGCCGAAUGGUUCUUAUCUGCCGUCACAUUCUAUGUUUCUAUGUCUAUGUUUCUGUUAUCACUAGGCUGUAAUGUAAACACUGCAUUUUCUCUAAAAAGACAGUGUUUACAGCAAAAAGCCUGAAGGUAAUGAUUCUACUCACCAGAACAAAUUCAAUAAGCUGUAGUUGUUCUGGUGACUAUAGUAUAGUAUCCCUUUAAUUAUUGGAAUGCAAAAUUUUAUCACACAUUCAAAGCUAUUGCCUAUCCAUGUCUACACUUUCUUAUUAUCAAGUAAAGGGUUUUUCGGUGUUGAAUCUCCUAGAUGAGUGCCUUUUAUCAUAAACGGAGUUACUCAGAAUAAAGCCAAUUUCCCUUUCUGCAGGUAUUCUAUUUUAGCAUUUCUCCUACCUGUGGGCAUACAGAAGAUGGUAUCUCGCUUCUAGUCCACAUGUUAAAGUAUUUGCCCAAAGUGUAUGAUGCAUAUAGACUUUAAGGCGAUAACCAGAAAUAAAAAUCUCUAUAGCAAGCCUAUUAACGUGAACCAAGGGUGUUUUUGCUAUGAGUAUAGACUAAUACGUACCCGUCAUUCCCUCCUCCUUUUGUAUGCACAAAGAGUCUUUACUCUUUUAAGGGAUGGGUGCACAUUUAUGUUUAAUUGCUAAAUGUUUAGGAACCUCUCUACUUCACUAGACUAGAGAUUUGGGGAGCACAGAGCCUUUAUGAAUCUUGGGAAUCUGUCACCUUUGAUUGUCUGGCUACCUAUUUGGCCGUUUACAGUAAUAUUUUGCCAUGUUCAGGAUGGUCCUAACUAGGCAAUUGUAUGCAGUCACUCUAGAGUCAUUCUUCCUUUUUUUGGUUCUCUUUUUAUUUUCAAAAUAAGCAAUUUUCCUAUUAUGUUGUACAUUUGUUUUAUUUUGUCAAAAUUUGUAAUAAAAAGCUUUUUAUUUCAGUUUAAAAAGAACAUUGUUGAAUGGCUUGAUAAAAGCCCCAAUGUUGACCACUUAAUGUCAGUCAAGAAGAAUAUCAAACGACUUAAAGCUCAGCUGAGAUGGAAAAUUGUUGAGAGAAGCACUUUGGAAGAGGUAUUCAUCUAGGUUAACAAUUUUUCUUUAACUAAUCUUUAGUAUUCAUUAAGUCAGAUUAGAAUGGUCUAGUUAUGUUUUAAAUUACAUGCAAUCAUGAUUGCCUUAUAGCCGUGUGUGUAUUUACAAAAAAUAAAAAAAACAGUGCAGUAUCUAAUUAUAAUGUUGAAAAAACCCCAUCUUUAUUUAUUCUUAAAUGUUCCCUUUAUUUUUCUAUAGCAAGUGCACAAUACUGUUAUUUUAAAGGAAAACUAUAGCGCUAGGAGUACAAACCUGUAUUACUAAUUCUGUAAUGUUCUCUCCCACCCUCCCCCUUUCUUUUUUUUUUUUAUUUUUUUUUUGCAAUAAAGAUUUUUUUUUAAAAGUCUUACCUAACUAUUUACUCCACCUAGGCUCCAUCGAACUGCUUGCCUAAACUUCAUAGAGGAGUAAUCGGGACCUAAUGUGCAUGUGCGUUGAGUGCCUUCAAGCUCCCCCAUUGGAAAAUAUUGCACUUAAUGCUUUCUGUGGGCUAUAACCUCAUGUACAGUACUGCAGAAGGUCCUUUCAGUGUCUAUGACCAUAGUAUGACAGCCACUAGAAGUGGACCUAACCCUACAAUGCAAUGUAAACCAAUGUAAAAGGACAGGUCUGUUCAGCUGAAAUGAUCUGUUUAAUGUGACAGAUGUGAAAUUUCCAAGGAGUUCUGGCUGAGCACAAUGGGUUUUGCACUUCUGUCAUAAACUGUGACAGAGUGAGAGAAGGACCUGGCUGAAAAAUUACACUAAUCUGUGGGAUGGGAGCCUGCACCUGGUCUCACCCAUUAAGUAUACCCAACACUAUAUUGUCCAGAGCAGUGGUUCAAAAACCAGUCCUCAUGGACCACCAACAAUCCAGAAUUUAUGUAUUUCCCUGUUUUAUUCAAAUGGAGAUACUGGGAAAAACUGAUCCAAAGGAUUGGGGAAAGGGAAUGGCAGACAGGUCAGCUGCCUGCCACCUCCAUUUUCAAGUUAUUAAAUUACAAAGCGGGUGCUCUAUCCAUAUAAUUCCAUAAACAUUAAGCCGUUUCAUGGUCUAAUUUCAUCUAGCAAACAAUUUUUUGUUGUUGAUUUUAUUAAAAAUUAAAUCCUUUCAUGCCUAUUUCUGCUGAAAAAAGAAAUGUUGAUUUAUUUAUUUUUUUAAUUUUUUUUUUUAUUAUUAUUAAUGUGCAUUCAUAAAAAAAAAAAUCCCCACAACCAUGAAGCCCAUAUAAUUAUGUUCCUUUCGGUUUAUGAAUAAAUACAAUAUCCGGGUAAGAGAAGGUUUUCAUCUAAACAGCAUUAGUUAUGUUUGCCCCCUUUAUGAUUUUACAGGCAGAUGAAUACAGUGAAACAAUACUUGCGGAGAUAAGUCAUGACAUAGCAGUGCUAAGGAAUAAUAUAUUUUCUGAAAUAAGUCAAGAGCAAGAAGAAUAUGUGAGUAAAAACACUGGAACUUUAGUGAAUUACUAUCAUUUCUUAUAAUUAAAAUUUCAAAGAUGUUUAUAUGCAUGUUAUGAAUAAAAAAUCAGUAUUAAAUUAAAAUAAGGGAUUUAGUUUUUAAAAAAUAUUUUUUUUUGCCAUCUCUAAAUUAAAGGAAUACUCCAAGCACUACUAACACUACAGCAUGCUGAUGACUGUUGCACCACUUACUUGCUGGUCACUUCCUCCAUUAAUACUCCUGCACAGAGUUUCCAUUAGCUCUCCUGAGCUUCAGUAUUUAUUAAGGAGGUGACCUCAUGGGCAUUCAUGGCACCAUAAACCUAUGUUUUUAUAUAUAUUAAGUCAGAUUAGAAUGGUCUAGUUAUGUUUUAAAUUACAUGCAAUCAUGAUUGCCUUAUAGCCGUGUGUGUAUUUACAAAAAAUAAAAAAAACAGUGCAGUAUCUAAUUAUAAUGUUGAAAAAACCCCAUCUUUAUUUAUUCUUAAAUGUUCCCUUUAUUUUUCUAUAGCAAGUGCACAAUACUGUUAUUUAUAUAUAUAUAUAUAUAUAUAUAUAUAUAUAUAUAUAUAUAUAUAUAUAUAUAUAUAUAUAUAUAUAUAUAUAUAUAUAUAUAUAUAUAUAAAUAAUCUCAUAGGUUUAUGGUGCCAGGAAUGCCCAUGAGGUCAACACUAUAAUAUAUAUAUAUAUAUAUAUAUAUAUAUAUAUAUAUAUAUUAAUAUUAUAUAGUGUUGCAAGAAAAAGUACUGCACAAAUUGGUCAUAAAAUGUGAUCUGAUAAUCAUCUAAGUCACAACAAUAGACAAUCACAGUCUGCUUAAACUAAUAACACACAAAGAAUGAAAUGUUGCCAUGUUUUUAUUGAACACACCAUGUAAACAUUCACAGUGCAUGUGGAAAAAGUAUGUUAACCCUUGGAUUUAAUAACCGGUUGAACCUCCUUUGGCAGCAAUAACUUCAACCAAACGUUUGCUGUAGUUGCAGAUCAGAAGUGCACAAUGGUCAGGAGUAAUUCUUGACCAUUCCUCUUUACAGAACUGUUUCAGUUCAGCAAAAUUCUUAGGAUGUCUGGCGUGAAUCGCUUUCUUGAGGUCAUGCCACAGCAUCUCAAUCGGGUUGAGGUCAGGACUCUGACUGGGCCACUUCAGAAGGCGUAUUUUCUUCUGUUUAAGCCAUUCUGUUGUUGAUUUACUUCUAUGCUUUGGGUCAUUGUCAUUUUGCAACACCCAUCUUCUGUUGAGCUUCAGCUCGUAAGUUCUCCUUCAAAAUGUCUUGAUAAACUUGGGAAUUCAUUUUUCCUUCGAUGAUAGCAUUCCGUGCAGGCCCUGAUGCAGCAAAGCAGCCCCAAACCAUGAUGCCCCCACCACCAUACUUCACAGUUGGGAUGAGGUUUUGAUGUUGGUGUGCUGUGCUUUUUUUUUCGCCACACAUAGUGUUGUAUGUUUCUUCCAAACAUCAACUUUGGUUUCAUAUGUCCACAGAAUAUUUUGCCAGUACUGCUGUGGAACAUCCAGGUGCUCUUGUGCAAAUUGUAAACGUGCAGCAAUGUUUUGUUUUGACAGCAGUGGCUUCUUCUGUGAUAUCCUCCCAUGAAAUCCAUUCAUGUUUAGUGUUUUACGUAUUGUAGAUUCACUAACAGGGAUGUUAGCAUUUGCCAGUGACUUUUGUAAGUCUUUAGCUCACACUCUAGGAUUCUUCUUCACCUCAUUGAGCAGUCUGCGCUGUGCUCUUGUAAUCAUCUUUACAGGACGGCUACUCCUAGGGAGAGUAGCAGCAGUGCUGAACUUUCUCCAUUUAUAGACAAUUUGUCUUACCGUGGACUAAUGAACAGCAAGGCUUUUGGAGAUACUUUUAUAACCCUUUCCAGCUUUAUGCAAGUCAACAAUUCUUAAUCGUAGGUCUUCUGAGAGCUCUUUUGUGCGAGGUAUCAUUCACAUCAGGCAAUGCUUCUUGUGAAAAGCAAACCCAGAACUGGUGUGUUUUUUAUAGGGCAGGGCAGCUGUAACCAACACCUCCAAGCUCAUCUCAUUGAUUGGACUCCAGUUGGCUGACAUCUCACUCCAAUUAGCUCUUGGAGAUGUCAUUAGUCUAGGGGUUCACAUACUUUUUCCACCUGCACUGUGAAUGUUUACAUGGUGUGUUCAAUAAAAACAUGGCAACAUUUCAUUCUUUGUGUGUUAUUAGUUUAAGCAGACUGUGAUUGUCUAUUGUUGUGACUUAGAUAAUGAUCAGAUCACAUUUUAUGACAAAUUUGUGCAGAAAUCCACACCAAAGGGUUCACAUACUUUUUCUUGCAACUGUGUGUGUAUGUGUGUAUAUAUAUAUAUAAAAUAUAAAAUAUAUAUAUAUAAUAUUUUUUUUUUUUUAUUAUUACUGAUUUACAUUUUGCUAGAACAUAUAUACACACACACUUGGAUAAUCUAAUUUCUAAUUUAUCUCUUAUAGGGGACAUUGAGUAUACUAGUUCAGAAAUGGUUUCCUGAGCUUCCUCUUAUUCACCCAGAAGCAGGAAUAUUAAGAUACAUGGUGAGAAAUUGUAUACAUUAUUUGUGUGUUUGUGUCUCUGUCCAAAUUUGUAUUGUUAUAUACCUAACAAAGUUAUGUCUCACUCUUAACACUUACUCAACAAUGCUCUUUUGCUACACUCUAAGUAAAUGUUUUAUAUACAGGACAGCUUCCAAUGAAUUUUUGGGUGGGUGUGCACAGCAUCAGUGCAGCGGGGAGCUACAGCUAUAGCCCUUAAGAGUUUCAGAUCUGUAAAAUUAAAAUCUAAAGAGAUCCACAUUUAUAAGGUUCCAUUAAAGUCACAGUACAAAAAUUUUCAGAUGAAUAAAAAAAAAAAGGAAAAAUGUAUGGAUAAAGAUGGUUCUCUAAAACCGUAACCUAAUGUAUUUUAAAAUUUUUUUUUUUUAAAUUCAUGUUGGUAGUGCAGGGUCAAGACAAAAUCGGCGACAUAUUUUCACAAUAGACAGUGUUGAAAAUACAUACAUAUCUAGCGUUAUGCACUUUAAAUUUCUUUUUUCAGCGGUACCUCCAGUUCCUGGGCACACAAUACGGUGUCCGCCUCAUGUCAAUCUUCUGCCAGAGUGUGUCUGGGCUGUGCAGGCCUUUGCAACAUUGCCCAGAUGUCUCUAUGAUCUGGGGGCAGGUUUUUGCGAUCUGCAACCCAUUGCCAGCAUGCAGACUUGUACAGGGAGCAGCGUGAGGGCGAGGUAGCGCGGCUCUCCUGCUUUCAGCAGGGUCUUUGCUAAGGAGGGCCUAGAGGCCAGGGAUUGGCAGUAUGUGCAUGACCCCAGACCUCUGUCGCCGUUAAGGCUGCUUUUGGGUCUGGAAGAAAGGCAUCAAUCGAUGCAGCCUGGGCAGGAGAAUUCAGUGGUGGGGUUUGUAAGGCUGGAUUGGCAUCUGGUUUGCCGAUGUAAAGCAGAUUGUAGGCUUUCCUUGAGGAGCUUAAAGGAGCACUAGAGUGCCAGGAAAACAAACUAAUUUUCCUGGCACUAUAGGGUUGUUAGGCCCCCCCCCCCCCCCCCUCAGGGCCCCCCUUCAGCCACUUGCCUUAUUCCAGCGCCAGUCUCCCUCGGUGCUGGUGACCUCUCCUCCCCCUGCCGACAUCGGCUCCGCAUGCGCGGCCAGAGACGCGCACUCGCAUUCAAACCGCUCAUAGCAAAGCAUUAUUCAAUGCUUUCCUAUGGAUGUCCAGCAUGAAGCGGCCUCUAGUGGCUGUCAGGGAGACAGCUACUAGAGGCAGCAUUAACCCUCAAUGUAAACAUAGCAGUUUAUCUGAAACUGCUAUGUUUACAGCUGCAGGGUUAAAACUAGGGGGUCCUGGCACCCAGACCACUUCAUUGAGCUAAAGUGGUGUGGGUGCCUAUAGUGGUCCUUUAAGGAAAUGGCGUCUGGUUAGGUCUGCAAGCAGGUUCUAAUGCAUUAUUUUUAUUACAAAAUUCUGAAACAUUUUGUAGCCUUUUUUGUUGCUAUUGAUUAAAGUUUUAUUGCUUUUUUUCAAAUACAGAAGAUACAGUUCGCAAUAGUAUAUAGAGAAAAUAUGUUGCGUAGGGGUUCAGAAAAAGAAAGGGGUAACAAUGUUGUGCACAGUACAUCUUGUUCAUGCAGUGACAACCGUGAUCAACAUACAUACAGCACAUUGUUUUUCCUGCCCAAACACCGAACCCUAGCUCACAACCUGUUCUGCUGGUUAGUCAAGGUAGGGCAACUCAAUAUGUAAACACUUGAGUAAUUUUAGAUGUACACUUUGUUUUGUGUACGCAAAUCACCUUUUUUCCUUAUCUUAUCACAUUUGAAAGUGUAAAAGGUGACAUUACACUUGGGUAAUUUUAGCUGCACCAGUUUUUAGAAAGAUUAGCGCCACUGUGUUCUUUUCUGUUUUACUAUUUAUACUACAACCCAAUAUAUCGCCCGUGGCUGAUAUCCACCCAUUGUGAGUCUAUCCCACCAGUCUAGUCAUGGUUCCUCUGGUUUCUGUGUCUCUCCUCCUCUAAUUGACAGUAGCAUGUUUUGAGUGGGGCAAACCUAUUCCUUCCACUGCUUCCAGUGCUGGGCUAUAAGGUUCCUAGUUGCCAUUAUGAUUAUGGCUGUUAAUUGUUUGGUAGCCUUUGUAAGGCCCAUGGGGAAUAAAAUAAAAGUUUAUGUGGAAGGUGAUUUGGGAAUAUCCUUGAUGUUCAAUAUGGAGAGUAUCAUUUCCACUUCUGUCCAUAAAGGUUGAAUAGCUGUGCUUUCCCACCAUAUGUUGGUCAUGGUUCCCUCAGCAGUACUGCAUCUCCAGCAGGUUGCAGGCACUGAUAGGAAUAUGUUGUGGAGUUUGCUCGAUGUCAGAAACCACCUGUAUACUAACUUUGUGUGUGCUUCCAUGUCUGAAUAGCACUUAGAAUGAGUUCAAUACCUUGAAAGGCCUUACGGACACCCUCGACCAGAGGGUUCCGUCGCCCAUUGUGCCAUGAGGCUUUUCUGGUAUAUUAUCUAUUAACCUCUUAAGAACACAUGACAUGUGUGACAUGUCAUGAUUCCCUUUUAUUCCAGAAGUUUGGUCCUUAUGGGGUUAAAGGACCAGUAUAGUGCCAGGAAAACAAACUUGUUUUUCUGGCACUAUAGUUCCCUGAGGGUGCCUCCACCCUCAGGGUCCCACUCCCGUGGCGCUGAAGGGGGAGGAAAGGGUUAAUCCCUUACCUUUUUUCCAGCGCCGGGACUCUCCUCCCUUUUCUUCCGUCAUCAGCUGAAUGCGCAUGCGCGGCAUGAGCCGCGUGCGCAUUCAGCCAGUCUCAUAGGAAAGCAUUAUCAAUGCUUUCCUAUGGACGCUGGCGUCUUCUCACUGUGAAAAUCACAGUGAGAAGCACGGAAGCGCCUCUAGCGGCUGUCAAUGAGACAGCCACUAGAGGCUGGAUUAACCCUAGUGUAAACAUAGCAGUUUCUCUAAAACUGCUAUGUUUACAGAAAAAAGUCUUAAACCUAGCUGUACCUGGCACCCAGACCACUUCAUUAAGCUGAAGUGGUCUGGUUGUCUAUAGGUGUCCUUUGAUGCCGUAUAGCAUUUGGAAAGUGAUUUAGGUUUUCCAGGGAAUUUCUUGCAUUUCUGGCGAUGAGCGUGUAUCUUGAGAAGACACAUGCGCUGAUAUAAUGCCUUUGAUUUGUAGGUAGUGAAAGGUUGAGGCGUUUGGUAUCGGGUAUUUGCGUUGCAAGUCUGGGAAGGGUGAGAUCCGUCCCUGGUCGCACAAAUCGCUCAGCGAAGUGACUCCCACAUCUUGCCAGGGUUUGGCAGAUAUCCAUCGGGACAGAUGCUGGAUCGCCAUGAUAGGUGUGUUGAGAUGAAAUUUAUUGUUAUAGUUUUGUUUUCUGAAAGUGAUCAUGUAGCUUUUGUUAUAUUUCUAUCAUGGACUCUGUUAAUUCUGAAAAUCAUUAUUUUUUUUCAAAAAUACAAAAAGUGUGAAACCUCUGUUUCCUUAAAGGACCAUUAUAGGCACCCAGACCACUUCAGCUCAAUGAAGUGGUCUGGGUGCCAGGUCCAUCUAGGGUUAACCCUGCAGUUGUAAACAUAGCAGUUUCAGAUAAACUGCUAUGUUUACAUUAGGGUUAAUCCAGCUUCUAGUGGCCGUCUCAUUGACAUCCGCUACACCCUGUUCCAAAUUAAUAUGCAAAUUAUAUUUUUCUCAUUUACCUAAAUAAUUGAUGUUAAUAACAGCAUAAUUCUCAUGUUAUCAACGAUUAAGAGUACAAUUCAAAUUUUAUUGAACAAUCCUCCUAAUGAUAACAGUAUUUUUUUUUAAACAUAAAAAACUUACAAUGCACUGUUCCAAAUUAUUACGCACAGUAAGUUUCAAAACACUUUAUAGGUUGUAAAGAACUGAAAAUUUUAAUUUGUUGUGUUUGCAGCAUAUUUACUGAAAUCAAGUUAUUUCAAUCAAACCUAUAACAACAUUUUAACUUUUUAAACAUUUUUACAGGUCACGUUACAUUUUAACAUAGGACCCCUUAUUUGAUAGCAGAUUCACAAGUCUUGCAUCCAUUGAACUUGUGAGUUUUUGGACAGUUUCUGCUUGAAUUUGUUUGCAAGAUGUCAGAAUAGCCUCCCAGAGCUGCUGUUUGGAUGUAAACUGCCUCCCAACCUCAUAGAUCUUUUGCUUGAGGAUGCUCCAAAGGAUCUCAAUAGGAUUGAGGUCAGAGGAGGAUGGAGGCCACACCAUGACUUUCUCUCCUUUUAUCCCCAUAGCAGCCAUUGAUGCAGAGGUAUUCUUUGCAGCAUGAGAUGGUGCAUUGUCAUGCAUGAAGAUGAUUUUAUUACGGAAAGCAUAGCUCUUCCUUCUAUACCAGGGAAGAAAGUGGUCAGUCAGAAACUCCACAUACUUUGCAGAGGUCAUCUUUACACUUUCGGGGACCCUAAAGGGUCUCUUCCAGGAUUCCGGCCCAAAACAUGACUCCACCACCGCCUUGCUGACAUCGCAGCCUUGUUAGAACAGUGUGGCCGUCCACCAACCAUCCACUAGUCCAUCCAUCUGGACCAUCCAGGGUUGCACGGCACUCAGUACUGUUUGAAAAUUAAUCUUCAUUUAUUUUUCUGCCCAAUGCAGCCAUUUUUGCUUGUGAGCAUUGGUUAGUGGUGGCAGAAUAGAAGGUUUAUGCACAGUUGCAAGACUCUCGAGGACUCUACACCUUGAUGUCCGUGAGACUCCAGAGGCACCAGCAGCUUCAAAUAUCUGUUUGCUGCUAUGUAAUGGUAUUUUAGCAUCUGCUCUCUUGAUCCGAUGCAUGGAUCUGGCAGAAAUCUUCCUCAAUGUGCCUUGAUCUGCACGAACCAGUCUGUGCUCUGAAUCAGCCACAAAUCUCUUAAUAGUGCGAUGAUCACGUUUAAGUUUUCCUGAAAUAUACCUUUUUCAUACCUUGUCCAAGGCAUUUAACUAUUUCACUCUUUUCGGCAGCAGAGAAAUCCUUUUUCUUCCCCAUAUUGCAUGAAAAUGGUGCUCUGCUUAAUAAUGUGGAACACCCUCCUUUAGUAGUUUUUCCUUAAAUUGGGCUCACCCGGCAGUCUUAUUAUCACAGGUGUCCGAGAUUGUUUUCAGUGAUCAAAAGAGCCCUGAGACACCAUGCCAUCCAUGAGUUAUACUGAAAAACAAGGGGGUGUGACUUGGCGCCGAAAGAGAAUGGCAGCCUUAACUCACAGCUCCGAGCCCUGCAGCCCAAUCCCGCAACAAUCAGCACCCCCAGAGACCCGAUGGGCCGCACAAAACGUGCACAAAUGACCCCGUCUACACCAAGGACACAGAAGGACGGUCUAUCCGCGCCUACCUGCAUACCCCGGGGAUCCUCGCCUCGCAACACGAGGCAUCCAACAUGGCGCCUGCCUCCCCAGGAUCCACAGUGUCGGGAGACAGCCUGAACACCACCGCUGGCACCUGCAACACAGAGGGACCCUCAAAAAACUGGUAUGCCCUAUUUGACUCCCUCCCAAAGAAGGAAGACCUGCACACUAUAGUUCAGGAGGUAAAAUCAACUCUCUGAACAGAGAUAGCCUCACUGCGCACCUCCCUGUCAGACUUGGAGGGAAGAGUGACCGCAUUGGAAUCUGCAGGCCCAGUACCCCAGCAAACACGCAACCAUGACAGACAGCUUAUGGACCUGCGGCUCCAUGUUGAAGAUUUAGACAACAGGAGCCGCAGGAAUAAAAUAGUGAGAGGGCUACGCGAAACAGCAGGCCCAGAAAAUCUGAGAGAGACUCUAACUCCACUCUUUAACAUCAUACUGAACAGGCUCCCUGAAGCACGCCUGUAUAUUGACAGAGCACACCGCACUCUUCGCCUGAAACCGCCACCAACAGCACCGCCAAGAGACGUCAUCUGCUAUAUACAAGACGUCCAGCUGAAAGAAGACAUCUUGAAGGGAGCACGCACAGAAAGAACAUGGCGGUACAAAGGCCAAAACGUGGAACUCUACAAUGACCGUUCCCACCUCACCCUGCAAACGCGCCGAGCCCUCAGACCGGUCACAACUAUCCUCCAGGAACACCAUUUAAGAUACCGAUGGCACUUCCCGUUUGCACUUACAGCAAGGAAGGACAACAUAGAGGCCACAAUACGACUACCAGCAGAUGUCUCCCUCUUCCUGGAUACGCUAGGUCUACCAGCCACCCUGGUAAGAGACUGCACAGAUUGCCUCCUCAACGAGAGAAACUUAGGCAGACCAGUAAUCCACCCUCUCGGAGCAGAUGGAGUGGACAUGGGCACUGUCCCGCCCCACAAAAUAGCACACAAAGAAUAAAGCUUGGAGACAAUGGAGACCUGACCAGCGAGAGAACUCAAGUAGACCCCACGUUGUCACCCUAGAACGGACAUGACUCCUCCACAGUGACUAAACCGGUUCAAGGAAAGAAGCCCACAUAAACUAUACUGUGGACUAACUUCCACACGUAACCUGCCUCCCCCUUCCCCCCACCACCUCAGAAGAUGGAACCCAUGCCCUGCUCGCCCCUCAAGACAAAUUACACCGAAACACGCCGCUACUGAGGAAGAGACCGACCGGGGAACCCGGAACAUACAAUGAGCAAGGACAAACAAACUGUGUGAAAAUAAUUUUUUUUUUUUUCCUUCUUUUUGGACACCAAGACUACCCUCACUGUAACACACCAUCCUCACGGACACACCCAGAAGAUCCAGCCUACGAAUACCUGGUGUCGUAUAUAUGUCUUGUAAUAAGUGAUGCCACACUGUAUUGUUAGAGCCACUAACACCACCCUAGUAGACUCCGUGGCGCUUAACGCACCAGCACACUAGGGCUCAGAACAUGGAGCUGAGGGUGAUGGGGGGGGGGAUGGGUGAGAGGGGGAGAGGCUGGGAGGGGGAGACCCACACGCAUAGACUCCACGGACGACAACCCCCCGAACAAGAAGCCACGACUCCCCAAAACGGAAAGGAAACCCACCUCCCCACUAACAGAACCCCCAACCCGACUCACAUUCAAACCCACGCACAAACGACAGGAUUACUCCACACCUCCCACCCCCCCUCCCCCACCCACUCACCACGGACGCAGAACCAAAGGUGGAAAACGACCAGACCCGGUGACGAACUACGACGGACCACACACAUAAGACGAUACCAGUCCCACACAAAAAUGCCCCCCCAUUCCAAUGACGAACACAGAAGGACAAACCGCCCGCACACACACCAACACACCACCCGCAAUCACUAAGGCGCACCACCCCCACACACAGACAGGACACAACCCCCAACGACUCACACCAUGGAAUGGGGAAACUUAAUGAGUGUAUUUGCAGAGAGACUGAUUCUGGCAGCCUCCAUGAAAUGUCUCUAAAAGUUAUAAGAUUGAAAUUCUACUCUAUUCUACUCUAUUAUACGAAUGUUUUAAACUUGUUAUACGAAUGUUUUAAACUUGUUAUACGAAUGUUUUAAACUUGUUGAAUGUGAACGUUGCAUGUUGACGCUACUGCACCGCAAUAUAACACACGGUCUCACCACAUAACAUAAAUGCUAUAGCAGCAGGGCUCAGACGACCCUGCCAUCUCACCAAACAAACCACCCAACAAACUUUGCUAGAGAGCAAAGAACCGCCAUCCACCUCCCCACGGGUUUACUGCCAAACUACUGGACAGGCUCACUGAGAAUUCGCUCUACACGUGAGACCACACCCCAGAGGCAGACUGCCCCUUAUUGCCACACGGCCUCCACCCUGGAUUUCGAGGGAGAUAGCGACCAAAGAGGAACAACACACAACCACGCACAGACCCAUACCCACAAUAGGCAAGGAGAGACGACACCAACCAACACCCUACUCAAACACUUCACGAUCGCAGAAGACCAACCACAGCAUAUAUAGCUCUCCUGCGUGCCCCCAACGGUGAACGACUAAAGCGACCUGGUGGGCAUGCGCGGGCGACCACUAGAACCCCAUAGCCACCUUCCCCGCUUUCCACCCCCCCUUUUUUCUUUUUCCCUCUCUCUCCCGAGUCCUCCCCUCCCCGCGCAGCUGCCCGUGUCAGGAUGGCGUCCGUGCAAGAAACAGCAAACCUUUCGCAUAAAGUGGCGGACUUGGAAAAACAGCACAAAGCCACGCUUAAUGACAACACCUAUGCGCAAUUAGUCGCGGCGAGAGCAGCACUGAACUCCCACCUUUCCCAACUGAUCACCUUCCAAUACAGACAAGCCCAGAAGACCUUCUAUGAACAAGAACGGCAAACUCCUGGCAAAGGCCCUAAGGAAAACCAGACAAAAAUGUUUUAUCUCAGAGAUCAAACUCAACUGAACUACCCGCUACACUCCAAAGGAGAUAGCGGAAGGCUUCCGACUGUACUACGAAUACCUGUACCACCUCCGCAGCCAGGGAGAGGAGACAGGAUUCCCAGCCGCUCCCAAACCCAACAGACAAAACGCAUACCUUGCCAAACUUUACCUUACCUCACGACCAAAAUCGACACAGAAACAGCUCAAACACUUGUAGAGCCAAUAACACUAGCGGAACUAGCCCUGGCAAUGAAAACAGCCAAGAAUGGGAAAAGCCGGGGUCCCGACGGCUACACCAUCAAAUACUACAGAACUUACUAUAAAACAUUGGCUCCACAUUUACUUAGUAUGCUAAAUGCCAUCAAAGAAGGGGGGAGCCUCGACCAGAAUACCCUAAAGGCGCACAUAGUAGUGAUACCCAAUGAAGGCAAAGACCCUACAGCAUGUCCAAGUUACUGAACGAUCUCCCUGUUGAAUGCUGACUUGAAACUAUUCGCCAAAAUCCAGGCACUCCGCAUCCAACCCAUCCUGCCGAAGCUGAUACAUCCGGACCAGGUAGGAUUUGUCAAAAAUAGAGAGGCCAGAGACACCACCACCAAAGUAAUCAACCUGAUGUAUGUGGCCAGGAUAGGAACAACACCAGCACUUCUAAUCUCCACCGACGCGGAAAAAACGUUCGAUAGGGUAGACUGGACCUUUCUCUUCGCGACGCUAAAACACCUAGGGUUCGGCCCCAACAUGAGGACAUGGAUCGCAGCUCUCUACAACAAACUAUCAAAACCAUUCCAGAUACACGACACCCGACCGGGAUGCCCUCUCUCGCCCCUACCUUUUGUACGCCGCCUGGAACCAUUCCUGAAUGCGGUACACAGCAGACCGGACAUUAGAGGCAUACGAGGACAGUGGGGAGAAAGCAAAAUAUCGGCCUACGCCGGUGACUUUCUGUUCACAGUCAGAGACCCACAAUCCUCACUCCCAGCCAUCAUUCAACAAUUCGAGGACUACAACGCACUCUCCAAUCUCAGCAUCAACUAUACAAAAUAAAAUACGACAUCCUCACAAAACCCAAACCGCAAGGGGGCCUGGGACUCCCCGAUCUUAACAAAUCUCACCAAACCAUCGACCUCCAACGAAUCGCCAAAUGGACCUUAAGGACAGAAGAUAAGCUCUGGAUCGCUAUAGAAGCAAGCUUCACCCAACUCCCACUCCACACACUACCAUAGAUGCCCCCACAACAGAUAAGGAGACACGAAAGGGGACAUCCCACAAUAUCAGCCACCCUAACGGUCUGGAAGAAAAUAUCAGACAAGGACCUCGCCCCCCCCCCCCCCCCGAUAUCCCCAUUGUACAAUAUCACAUACAACCCUAGAUGUCACGUGAUCAACAGCAACCAAACCAUGACGAGCCUAGGCCUACCGACCCCAUGCAGGCUACAACAUCUCCUGACAACCGGGAACAUUCCCCCACUAACGGACUUACCCACACCCGAAGCCCCAAACCCACUGACUAAAUUCAGGUACUACCAACUAGUAAGCGCACUAAAACAAUACCUGACCUCCAAACUGCUGCAAGACCACCAACCCUGUUCGAGAACUUAUGCACCCACGCCACACGCCAUAUCAUUACUAUACCAACUGCUGAACUCACCGAAGGGAGACGCCCAACUGCCAUACUUUGUAAGAUACUGGGAGAGAGAUCUUGGACACCCACUAACCCAGGACCAAUGGGCCACAAUGUUCACAAUGACACACAAGGGGGGUUGCGGGCGGAGUGCCGAGAUGGAGACCCUCGAGUGCCUCCUCCCCCCACCACCUAUGGCCUUGGUCCCUGAACUCCUAGUCCAUAUCCAAUAACGUCCACAUACCUUAGCGCGACCAACUCCAGCUCUACCCCCACCAUAGGAACCCCUCGCAACAACGAGCUGACACACACCACUCCUGCGCAUGCUCGCAGCCAAAGUUCAGAGACUCACAUAUCACACACGUAAGGGAAGAAACGUAGCCUGACCCGAACAACCCUGAUGCCCACCAUAGUGCCCCACUAUCCCACCACAAACCCAAACAAGGGACAGCUCUCCCUAACACAAAGAGAAAUACGACAAUAAUACCCAAGACAUCUCUACAUAGCCACAUCAGUCACCCUGUCAACACACUAACAGCACACACAUCCCUGGAACAGGGAGCAACCCCAAGCAGGGAAACAAAAAAAUAAUGAAACAGGAGACAAAGGGGCCUAAGCAAACCCACGACUAGAGACGAUUGACUGGAGCAAAUAGCUAGAUAGGCAACACAACACUUUCUGAUAAACAAUAUACAUGACGCCAGAAGAAACGUGGAAAAGGGAGUUUAGGAAGCACGAGGCACUAGCACACUAGACAUUAGGAGAGACAACAACAAGAGAGACCAAGCCAAAGAAUGGGACACUACCCCCAGACGAGAAAAGAGGUAUGAGCACACCAAAAGUAGGCACAGCCCAAAAACCUCACUACCCCACUGAGCAUUUAAAGAGCUGAGACACCUAUGAUCACCUGAGACCUCUAAACAAAUGGCGCUCUCCUUACAAAACCCCUAGUAAUCAAGGUUUCAGAGGUGCUAUGCAUAACAUCUUGGGAAUGUGGAAUCCUCUCCAAUGACACGCUACUACAAAAGAACACAGCGAUUCUAUAACGACGUGUUCCUCUAUCUAACGAUUAACGCUGGACCAAUAUGUUUUAUGAUUAUGAAAAUUUUGUAAUAACCGAAGAAACACUUAAACAUGUUUGUAAAAUAUUCAUACAUGCUCAAUAAAAACCCUUGGAAUUAAAAAAAAUUAAAAUGUAAUCUUUGUGACACUUAAAUAGAAUUUGCAUAAUAAUUUGGAACAGGGUACAGAGGCGCUUCCGCGCUUCUCACUGUGAUUUUCACAAUGAGAAGACGCCAGCGUCCAUAGGAAAGCAUUGAGAAGUGCUUUCCUAUGGACUGAAUAUGUGCGCAUGUGCAUUCAGCGGAUGACGUCGGAAGAGGGUGGAGAGUCCCCAGCGCCAAGGGACCCCGGCGCUGUAGAAAGGUAAUCGUUUAACCCUCCUUCCCCUUCAGCCUGGCGGGAGGGGGACCCAGAUGGUGGGGGGGACCUAAAGACCCUAUAAAGCCAGGAAAACAAGUUUGUUUUCCUGGCACUAUAGUGGUCCUUUAAUAUUUCUUUAAGUGGCAAUUUCACUCAUGCUAUUUUGACAUUUGUGUUGGAGGGUGGGCAUUGGGUUAGUAUAAGUCUGGUAAAUCCAACAUAUUUUGAUAUAGCUCUGCAGAAUAGUUUGACAUAUAAAGGGGACAUUAUAGUCAUCAGAACAACUAAAGCUUAUUGAAUUUGUUCUGGUGUGUAGUAUCAUUACCAUUCAGUGAAAAUGCAGUGCUUACAUUACAGCCUAGUGAUAACUUCACUGGCCACUCCUUAGAUAGCUGUUAGAGAUCCCUCUUGGGUCAUGGCUGCCUAAAAUGCAUCCAAACAUUCAGUAUCUCCUCCCUCUGCAUGCAGACACUGAACUUUCCUCAUAGAGAUUCAUUAAUUCAAAUUAUCUCUAUGUGGAGAUGCUGAUUGGCCAUGGCUGUGUUUGAAUCAUGCUGGCUCUGCUCCUGAUCUGCCUCUUUGUCAGUCUCAGCCAAUCCUAUGGGGAAGCACUGUGGUUGGGUCAAGCUACCACUUCUGAUAAUGUCAGCAGACUGCUUGUUUUUUUGUUUAGUUUUUUAAGGCAAACUGCAUGCAGUUCUACAGCUUCUGGCUUGAAUACACUAAGAUGUUGCUAUAUUUAUGGAGGCAUGCUUUUUUUUUUUUUUUACGUUUUAUUACUUGUAUGUUAACUAUAUAAUAUAUAUUUGGUGUUUGGCCCAAGACCUUUCCUCUUCGCUCAAUGUGGCCCAGGGAAACCAAAAGGUUGGACAUCCAUGUUUUUGUACAUUUAUAAAAUGUAUAUAUCUGUCGCAGAUUCCUGCAGCGAUGGUUUUACUGCUUGUCAUUCGUACCUCACUGAUUUCUAAAAGGCAAUGUUUCUGCUUUUGUAUUAUGUAGUAUAGGCUCAAAUUCUUGGCUAAAAUAUAUAUAUAUAUAUAUAUAUAUAUAUAUAUAUAUUUUGUAAAACACAAAUUAAAUGCAAAUAGCGUAGUAUGUCUGUAAAUGACGAUAAAGCAAAAGUAAGAAGUAAUGGAACUCACAAGGCCGGAGUCAUACCAUCAUAUGACUCACAGAGUCAUAUGAUGGUAUGACUCCGGCCUUGUGAGUUCCAUUACUUCUUACUUUUGCUUUAUCAUCAUUUACAGACAUACUACGCUAUUUGCAUUUAAUUUGUGUUUUACAGAUUAUUCAAGAUUUUAAAAUCCACCUAUUAUUUUGUAUGUAUUUCUAUGUAUUUUUAGUGGUGAUGGGGAUUCCACUGUAUAGGUGUUUUAGAGCUAUUAUAUUUUCAUUCUUCUUCUGUGUACAUCCCUCCUUGUAUUAAUAAAUAAAUAAAUAUAUAUAUAUAUAUAUAUAUAUUAUUAUUAUUAUUAUUAUUAUUAUUAUUAAUUUUUAUUUAUUUUUUUUUUACUGUGAAAAUAAAAGUAAAAUAUAAAAACUGUGACAAAACAAGAUAACUUGUUGUUCUCCUCAUGGGUUUUCUUUAAUUUAUUUUAGAAAUCUGGAGGACUUCUCUCAGAUAGUAUGGAGCGUGACCUCCUAGAUGGUGAACCAAUGAAAGAGCUCAGUAGCAAGCGUCCCCUUGUGAAAUCCGAAAUUAAGAAUAAGCAGGUGUUGUUGAAGGUUUGUACCGAAGAUAUAUCAAUGUUGUAUAAGUAUGAAUUGUUAUAUGAUGACAAUCACUGCAGUAGUCUGGUGCUUGAAAUUUUAGUUUUGUUAUUUCUUCAUCCAUAGCCACACCAUCCCUUGCUGUCAAUCAUACUGCAUCCCACUACAAUUCCUGAAAAUAUCUGUUUUGCACCAGUCUUGACCCUAUCUUUGGAAUGGUUUAAAAAAAAAACAAAAAAAAACAUUUUUUAAAUUGGGUAUUACUUACCUCGGUGGUGGUAAAUGUUCAUAGCUCUUAUUGCCUACACAUGCUGUCUGGAAGCAUUGUCCCUGCCAGAAGCCUCCAAUGUAAGAUAAGUAUCUCACACAAAGAAUUCUUAUUCAAAACCUGUAGCGUUGGAGCACUUCACAACACAUUAUUGUAUUUUAUUUGUUUCAUUUAAAGGACCACUAUAGGCACCCAGACCACUUCAGCUUAAUGAAGUGGUCUGGGUGCCAGGUCCAGCUAGGUUUAACCCUUUUUUCUAUAAACAUAGCAGUUUCAGAGAAACUGCUAUGUUUAUAAUAGGGUUAAUCCAGUCUCUAGUGGCUGUCUCAUUGACAGCCGCUAGAGGGCUUCCACGCUUCUCACUGUGAAAAUCACAGUGAGAAGAUGCCAGCGUCCAUAGGAAAGCAUUCACAAUGGACUGGCUGAAUGCGCGCGCGGCUCCUGCGCGCGCGGCCGAGGAGGAGCGUCCCCCGCCCGGCGCUGGAGAAAGAGGUAAGUUUAACCCCUUCCACCCCCCCAGAGCCUGGUGGGAGGGGGACCCUGAUGGUGGGGGCACACUCAGGGCACUAUAGUGCCAGGAAAACGAGUGUUUUCCUGGCACUAUAGUGGUCCUUUAACUUGUAAAAUAUACUGUGCAUGGUUCUAUGCAGUAUCUUGGCCGUUCCUAGAACUGCACUUUUUAGAUAGAUAGAUCUAUAGAUCUAGAUAUUGAUAGAAAUUAUGCAAAAUGCAUUUACUGUAUAUUUUCAUAUUAAUGGUUUUCAAAUGUUUAGAGCAUAUUGACUAAACUGACUGUUAUCCUUAUAUUUUGGUCGCUGUAUCAUAAUUAAAAACUUAAAAACAUAGAAUGUGACAGCAGGUAAGAACCAUUCAGCCCAUCUAGUCUGCCCAAUUUUCGAAAUACUUUCAUUAGUCCCUGGUUUUAUCAUAUAGUUAGGAUAACCUUUUGCUUAUCCCACGUAUGCUUAAACUCCUUUACUGUGUUAACAUCUACCACUUCAGCUGGAAGGCUAUUCCAUGCAUCCACUACCCUCUCAGUAAAGUAAUACUUUCUGAUAUUAUUUUAAAACCUUUGCCCCUCUAAUUUAAGACUAUAUCCUCUUGUUGUGGUAAUUUUUCUUCUUUUAAAUAUAGUCUCCUCCUUUACUGUGUUAAUUCCCUUUAUGUAUUUAAAUAUUUGUCAUAUCCCCGUCUUGUCUUUCCUCCAAGCUAUACAUGUUAAGUUCCUUUAAGUUUUUUUCCUUGUAAGUUUUAUCCUGCAAUCCAUGAACCAGUUUAGUAGCCCUUCUGAAUUCUCUCUAAAGUAUCAAUAUCUUUCUGGAGAUACGGUCUCCAGUACUGCAUACAAUAUUCCAAGUAAGGUCUCAACAUUGUUCUGUACAGUGGCAUGAGCACUUUCCACUUUCUACUGAUUCUAAAUUGAUUCAUUUUACUGGGCAAAAAAGAGGCAGUUCAGCUUAUCUGCAAAUGUGGAUUCUACAGUUAAGAAAAAAACACAAAAAAACGAUUUCCCUUUAAAUAUUUUAUUCGCUCGACUUGUUGGCGUGUUCUGUUAAUCCUAGGCCACAGAUUGCAUCAUAAGUUAUAUAAGGGAUGUUGGUGGUAGGUGCUUGUAGUAUUGUAUUUUUUGGGUGUAUUUUAAAUUUGUAAUGGUAAUGGCUUUCCUUAAAUACCUAGGGUUAUUCUGUAGGCGUGGAUACAGAAGAAAAAGUAAUAGAGAGAGCUUCAAAAUAUCGUGCAGCAUGGUGUAAACAAAAGGAAGAAUCUGGCAUAAUGGAGUUGCUAAAUCUAUUUUUUUGCAAAGUAAGUUUUAUUUGCUUAAAUAUGACCAACUAGCUCUCUUAUUCAUCCUAUUUCAUCCCUGAUUUUCAUUAAAGGAUCACUCCCACCAACCCCCAAAACACUGAUUUUGAUUAGAGUAGUACUUACUGGGAUGGUCCACCCAUGCUUUGCAUGCUGGCGACAGGGACCCAGUACACCAUUAUUAUAUUUUCAAAUUUUAAAGGAACUCUCCAUGACCUAAAGCACUCUGCUGAAGUGUGCAAAGAGUGAGUACUCUUUAUAAAAUAAAAAAAAACAAAGUUCAAAGUUUAGUAGAAAUUGGCACUUUUAUAAUUUAACCUUGUUACACACCCUGGCUAUAAUUUAAACUAGUGGACCUGUUACUUCCUGGUAGUUUAACUAAUUGGAGCUAAAACCAAGAGACUGCAAUUUUUCAGAGCCUUGCAAAGGCGUCUCUGUGAGCUGCAGUGGGAAGUCUGUGAUUGGACAGCCACAGAAAGUCACAAUUGGGGAAGAAUGGGAAUGCUUACAAAGGCUGCAGACAAAAACUGUAGCUUUUGCAAUUUGUUUUUAGAUAUACCCCCAAUUAAAUUAUCCAUAAUUAAAUACUUGCGUGUUUCACCGGAGGUAUAUCUACCAACUAGUUUUUUGUUUUUCUUUUUGAAAUAGAGCAAAUCUGCUAUUAGUGCUAUUAAUUAAAUUAACACUGACCAGUCAGGAUGUUGGUCAGGCUAUUCAGCUACCAUUAAAAACCCUUUAUGAUGACAUCUCGCCUGAGGAUCACCAGAUGGAUUAAAUGACUAAUAAAGUAAUUUCUUUCCUUUUCUUCUUUAAAGUGUUGUGUUCUGUACAGAUGAAGCUGUUUGACUAAUUUGAAAAUGUGAUCCUAUAUAUAAUGGUGUUCUCACCUCUUGACAACUUUUAUCUCUUUUUGCAAAUUUAGUGAAAUCUAUAUUUCUAAUUUGAAAAUGUAUCUUUUACUUAAUACAGGCUGAUCCCUUACUUUACUUAAUGGUUCCUUUUUAUCCUGGGGAAAGCCUUGGUUCAGUGCAAGCCAACACAUCUUUAGACUCAAAUGUAAGUACAUUCCGCUGCAAUUUGCUUCCAAAAUUUAUGAAGGAAUUGCUUGGUGUUACUAGGUGAAGAUUUUAUAGACUUUGUGUGAAAUGCUGUUAUAGUAUAAGAAUACCUUUUGCAAGAUGGGAUUGAAAACAUUAAACACGUUUUAGAUGGGUAUCCCUUUGCAGUAUAUUUAACCAAUGGUAUUGUCAGAAGAAAAUUAGGGAAAAUUAUAGUAAUAAAUAGUACAUCUCCUUGGGGGCGAGGCCUGACUCGCAAGAUGGCCAGACUUGUUUCUGUGAGCUCCUGCUAGCACGAACAUUAAGUCUGCAUGAAAAUAGCAGCAGAAGGCUCAGUAUCUAACACAACAGGCAUCUCUAACAGGGACACAAAGGAUCCCAAACUACUUGCUCUAACGCUCAUACUAGCAUACCUACUGACACACUAUGUAUGACCAUGUUUUAUUAACCAAAAUUGUGCAAUUUUACCCAAUGUCAUGACGUUCUGUGCUUAAUGCCUUACCAUUCUCUGAUACAACCUGUAUUAACAUGUUAGUUACUUAAAAAUGUGCAGUUUUCUCGUAUGCCACUGUAUUAUACCUUGUGAAAUGCCUGUACUUGCUGCCGUGGCAAGAAUAAGCAUGUCUGUCAAUCGUAUGCACAACAAAAAAUAAAGAAUUAAAAAAAAACUAGUCAUCUCCCUGGAGCCAUUCAGUGACUUGGUAUAAGAGAUGGGCCCACUGGGCUAAAUUCUUCCUGCGGGGCUAAAGGAUGUGUCCAAAGAUAAUCAAAGAGGAAAUGCAAUCUAUAUAGGUAGGGAUUUAAAAGUGUGAAUGGGGAAAAACCAUCCCACCUCACUGAAGAAAGUCUGACAGCACAGAUUUAUUUGAACAUCUGUGGUGAAAUGCGGUGGUACCAAGCUAUUGCAAGUUACCUGCUCUCUAACACAUGUAUUUAAUCUAAUACAUGUAUUGGAGAACCUUGAAGGAUCAUUCUAUCUUGGUUGAAAAGAUUACACUAAAUUCCCAAAAUUCAAUAAGGUAUCUUCUUUGCAAUAAGACUUAAAUUUUCAAUUAACUAUGUGAAAAAUAAUUUGCUAUAUUCCAUAUGCGUGUUUCAGAAAGCAUACUUAAAAAAAAAACCUACAUUGGUACCUCGGUUUACAAACGCCUCAGUUAACAUAAUUUUCGGUUUACAAAUGAAAAUCCAUUGAAAAUAAUGCCUCGGUAUCCUUUUUUUUUUUUUUGCAAAACAAAGCAAGUUUCCCCAGGAUGCAUUGUGCCUGGGAGGUUUAUAGCACCGCCCUGUGCAUGCUGGAGUCUGUGGGAAGCAUGUGACGUCGGAGUGUAGAGAUGUUGCAGCAGCUUUUGCAUCGCGUUUUAGAGCCAUUCUGGAAAUUACUUGGAUUACACAGGAUUUGGGACUUUCUGGAACUUUUUUGGUGCAUUUCUCUAUCGGUGGAAAUGUAGGGAGCUGAGCGUCGUCAUUUGCAUGCCUUUUAUUGUGUGUUUUUGCAUUGUGGGUUGGUUUCCAUGCCAGCUAAUUUUUACUUUUUUCUGACCUCCAGAACGGAUUAAUUGGUUUUCAAUGCAUUCCUAUGGGAAACCACGUUUCGGGUUUAAAAAAUGUUUCUCACUAAGAAACGUCCCGGAGAACGCAUUAAAUUCGGAAACCGAGGUCCCACUGUAUAGGUCAGGAAUACAAAUGUGUUUUCCUGACCCUAUAGUGUUAAAAACAAUGUAUAGGUGGCCUGUAUAUGGGUAUAGAUGGCUUUUUCUCUGAAAAAGCAGUGUUUUCUCCCUGACCCUGCAGGCAUUUUCAUGAAAACACCAGAACAACUAUAUUAAGCUGGUGGCUAUGUUGUCCCUAUCUCUGCUUUUAAUAAACCUAUAAUUUAGGAUGGUGGUUAUUUUAUAUUAAUGGGCCUGGAAAAAGCAAUCCUUAUAUUAUCCCAAAACUGGAAACAGUAGAGCAUCUCAUUUGACCCUGUGACUCACCAAUAUUGCACGUGGGGUAUUUGUAAUCGCAUUGUAGCUAUACGGAUGCCGAUUGGCAAACAAGUCUGAACUAAUUCAUAAGUGCCCAUAAACAUACAGGUAGAUAAACAGAAAGCAGCUUUCAUAGACAAGAAUCAGUCGCCAUAACCUGUUUUAAUGUGCACUGCACAACAUAACAUUCCAGGUGUAAACUGCAGUUUUUGUUUUCACUUAUCUAGGUUUCGUUGGGACCUGUGCUGGGCAAAUGACAGAUACAAUAGCAUUUUGCUUAUUUGACUUUUUUUCCCCUUUUUGUACUGUUACUGUCUGGAAUACCUUAAUUGUAUCUCUGAACUAAUCUUUUAUCUGAAGAAUACAUUUUGGCAUAUUUCCAAGGUGGUGGUGUGCCUACAAGGACCUCUGACUGAAUGAUGCUAACAUGUGUUGGCAGAAUUGACAGUAUUCAUAGAGGUUCCCAUCUAACAGCAGGUUUAGUAUUAAUAAAUUAGUGGUUUUGUCCUUUAUUUUUUAUUCUUGACAUAUGUAUGUCUUUUAAAUGAAUGUAUUUUAUUUGCAGGAAAUUGUGAGAGUGAUGAGGGGAGUAGCACAAGGCUUGCAGACGCUGCAUGCUGCCAAUAUAAUAAUUGGCUCCCUGCAUGAAAACAAUGUGUUUGUUGUAAAUCGGCAGAAAGGAAUUGUAGGGGAUUUUGACUUCACCAAGGAUGCUGUAAGUAAAAUCAGAAUGUGUUUGACAGAGUCCCAUUUAUGUUGAGUGGUUUUUGUUUGCUAUGCACUUUAUAGAAUCAGAAUAUCAAAUUGAAAAUACAUUCCUAGAAUUUACAUUAUUGCCAGAAAUAAGAAAUACUGUAAAUGGGGAAUUAUUUCCAAAAAAAGUACUAAAUGAGAAAGCUUUGUGGUUAAAUGUAUCUGGUAAAGAUUAUUUAUUUUCUCCAGUAGUACUAUAGGUAUAGUUUGCUUACACAUUUUGUUAAAAUUAAUUAUUACUCGUAAUAAUUUUUUAUUUGUAAUUUUAUAGGAGCAGCGGAGUUCUGUCACCUGGUCUUGCUUCCCACACUUGAUAGCUCCUGAAUUAAAGCUAGGGGUGCCAGCGUCAGAGUCCUCAGAUUUAUAUGCCUACGGCUGCAUUCUCUUGUGGGUAUGUUGUCUAUUUAAAACGCUAAAAUAAAGACUCUAUAGGUCAUGCACGGUUUUUUGAAAAACUACCCCAUAGCAGUCUGUUUAAGCAAUAUAUGGAACUGGUCUGGUUUGUCUUUAUUCUUGGCCAGUUUAAGUUGAUCCAAGGGCAUAUAGAUAAAAUGAAAAAGGGUCACUAUAAAAUAAAUGGGACAGUCCACUGGUGUCAACUUAGUAUUCCUGUAUACACAUUGAAAAAUAUUACCAGAUGCCUAGAAAUGUCUGUUCCAUGACCUGCUGUUAAUCCCUGAAGCGACACUGGCACACUUUAUUUUUUGUAUUUAUUUACUUUUCUCCAAGAUAAAAUAUUUCACUUGCAUGCUUCCUACUUAUAUUUGCCCACUGACUUGUUGUUGUGUGUACUGUUUUGUUUACGAUUUAUAUUCUUAACAGAUAUACACACAAAAUGUUGCUUCCAUACUUCCAUCAUUUUCUAUUCCUUAUCAUUUACCAUGACAGCAUGACUUUUACAUUGGUUCCUGCUUUAUAGCAGAAAGGACUGGGGACAAAACUUUGAAAUUAGUACUAAAAAAAUCCAGCCUACCCAUUGAUGUAAUGCCCACAAAGAAGCCCAGUCUUGGAUCAAACUGGAGGCCCCAUCACUAGCACAGGCUAUUUCAAAGAUGAGAAGCAUUCCUAAUGGACAAACCCACAGCACAUGUCAGAAACACAUUGGCUACAUUUCAUAAAGUUUGGGCUUAAUGGGAAUAGUAGAACAAGCUAUAAAGAUGUACGUCUUCCAAAUCCCCUCCCACCCGUGGCACAUUUUCUUGGUCUUAAUACUUGUUUUUAGUUGAGAUUUAAUUUUUGUCCACCUGUUUUCUUGUUUGUAUUUUGUUUUUAUUGUGGUGCAAGCAAUGGUCAUAUGCAAUACAACAACAUAAAGCGAGAAAGAGCAUCAAUAUCGCCUGCACAAUUAUGACUCCGUUUACUAGGAGUGCUCAAUAAAUGAAGUGUGUGAUAAAACAAAAUAGACUUGUGACGGUUGAUUGAUAGUGCUACACAACAUUGCAUUUAAUCUUGCAUAUAUAGGUCACUAUAAUAACUGCACAGCACACACGAUGAGUGGUAAAUAUAGAACAUCAUAAAAUAAAAGACAAAGGAAAUUCAAUAAAACUGCAAGGCUAAAUAGGCCCGAUGGGGACAGGAUAGCAUCCUUCAAGAAUUGGAUCACUCUCUUUUCAAGCUGUAUAGCCGGAGAAAGUAGCUGUUCAGCUUGCAGCCAAUACCAAGCUUGAGAUGUGCUCUGGCAACCCGGAGCGGGUUGUGAAGGUAGAAGCAUAGUGGGAGCGAGGUGGGGCAAUCUUCCAGCACCUUUGAUCCGCGGACCAGGUGGCUCUGAGAGUCCCAGUGUUUUUCACAGUGGGGGACGCAGAAGGCCUUGGUGUUCCUACUCAGCCAGGGGUGGCUGACACUCAGUCUAUGCAGGUGGUACCUUGGGAUCAUGCCUAAAGUAGCCCAGGUGGCCUAGAGUAGAAUUUGGAUGGACAGAUAGGGUUGUGCCCGAAGGAGAUCUACUCACCCCCUGACUUGCCAAUUUCCUCUCUGGAGCAGCUGCGAUGUUGCUACUUUGCUCUCCAGCUCUGCCCUGAAGUGUGCAAAAGUGACGUCCAGCUGUUGCAGGGUGAGUUCCACUAUGUCUUGCAGAGCCCCUCUGUGCUGUGUGGUAGUGCCUGCAAGUGGAUCCGCCAUUUUGGUGCAUGCGAGCGGGUUCAGAAGUAGGGCUUAAAAGGCAGCAUUGGCAUUUAGAUGUUGCAGUAGCAUGGUCCAAGAGAGAGGAUACGGAACUCUGCCAGGAAUCGGCACGUAAGGUCCUGCCAGAGAGGUCAGCCUCCCCUCCCGGCGUGUCCCACACUAGGCCGCAGAAUAAAUGGGGCAGGUCACGGUCAAGUUUCUCCAUAGAGCCUAGCAACUCCCUGGUGUCUCCAAGAAUCAGCCCAACUUAUUGUAGCAGUCAGCUAGCACAAGUGCCCAAGAUUAGAGAGCGAAUUUGCGGAGCUCGUGUCCCGAGCGACCACUCUGUAUGGUGGCCAAGCCCUGUCCUUGAGAUUUCACUUUUACUUUGAUUGUGGUUGUGGCAAGCUACAUAUCACAAUCCUCAGCCAACAAGUGAACCUAGAACAUGUAAUAUUCAUGCACAUUACUUGAGUGUGAAUUUUGAGGGUCAAUUGGACUAGUAUUAUCAUACUUUGUCAUAACCUCUGUGUUUGUAUUAUAUUGUUUUUCAUAUUGUUUACGGUUCCAUUCAAAAUUUAGAGAAUGCUUUACAGGCCAAUUACAUAUGUUCUUCUCACCAGCAUUUGUCUACUUACAUACUCGUAGUUAAAUAAAGAAUGUGAAAGCUAAAAACCUCAUACAGAAUCUUGUUGGUGACUCUGGCCAUAGUGACCUACCUUCUUACUAGUUGGAGGUUAGGAACCUUUUGUCGGUAGUCUCUUGGAGACCAUUCAAUAUGAAUACCUAGGUGUACAUCCUCUCUUGUUCUAUUGAUGGCCUUCCGAAAAAGAAUUUGCAUUCUCUUAUUUUUGUCCUCUUUUUAGUAGGUUGUAUUAUUUUAUAAAACAUUUAUACAAAAUUAGGAAGUGCCAUGAUUUCUGCGCUUUAAAUUUUUAUAUAUAUAUAUAUAUUUUUUUUUUUUCUUAAAUAAUGAACACAAAAAAAAUCCAGUUCACCCUAUCAAACAGUCUAUAGCAAAACUCCACAACAUCCAUUAUACAAUAAUGGUGGGAACAUAAUGUUGCCAUUGUGAAUUAUCAGGAAAAAGAACAUUUUGAGAAGAAUAGAAAAUAUUUCCUGUUUUUCUGAUUAGCCCAUUAACGCAUUGACAAUGAGUUGCAACCCAAGGCUAUACAGUCAAUGAACGAGAAGGGGUAGGUUAUACAAAAAGUUCUGAUAUCUGUUAAUAAGCACUAAAGGAAAUUAUCCUGAGCUUUACUAACUAGGGAUUCUUCCUAAAACAAGUAAGCAAACGGUAACCGUAACCCUUCAAAAAUCUAAAAUUCCAAACAAGACUACAGGCGCCACUGCAGAAGCUUUAAGAUUUGGGGCAUCGCCAACUCUAUGGAGAUGGCUGAAAUCCCACAUUUCUUGCACCCCUUAUUCCACCACAUUUUGCCACCCAUCAGGCCAAAACAUUCUCCUGUAAUACUAUUAAAGAAUAUGCAAACCUGCCCAAACCUCACUUCUAUGGACCUGAUCAUCCAGUUCGUCACUCACCUCGAUGAAAUGGUGCUACUUGUGGCUGUGCGAGACUCUUCCACUGUUGCAUUCGAAUCAUGCAUGCUUACAUUCCAGGUCUACAGUGGUAUGGAGACAGUCCCUAUGUCCAGUUACCAGUUUAUUAAGCAACAAGAAUGUGCCAGAUCAGUGGGGAAGAAAAAUGUAAAGUUCCUAAACAGGAUUGCCUGAAUGAAAAUUGUUUAAUCCAUGGGACAUCUCCAUUAUAACUUUGUAGGAGGAAAACAAGCAUGCUGCUGCUCAUGUAAUUUAGUCAGUUAUUUCUCUAAGAAACCGUUUAAUUGUCUUGGAUAGUCACAAGCCAAACUUCUGAAAACUGAAUAAUCUCCUAUAAUUAGUCAAAAGAGGAGUCACAAAUUAACACAGAAAGUGGGCAUAAUAGGAAGUAACUAUUCUAUCUAAUGUAUAGAUUCUAAAGAAAAUUGGAUCACAAAAACGUCCCCAAUCAGUAGACCAGAAGGCUUCUAUGGAUGGAAACAGUCAGAAUUGAGGAAGUGGAAUAACAGAAAUCAGAGCACAAAGUAAAACCCUCAACCAUGCAAAGCUGAGCUUGAAAGUGUAUGUUGUCUAUGUAAUCUGCUAUAAUCACUUUGUUUAUGCAGACAUAGUCACACCUAUCCUGGCUAAGAUUCACACAGCCUGCCUACAUACUUCCUGAAAAAGAGUCUUCCCUUAUUGCACAGUGUGAUUACUUUAGAAUUUAUGACCUGCUCUUACUCUUUUGCUACCAUUUCAGAGCCUACAGCUGCCUUCUGUGUGUGUUAUUUAAAGUUUAAUUACCAAAGCAAGGAGGUGAGGCAUCCAAAAGUGAACACACUGGAGGCUAAGUCUCAGCCAGGUUAGAUGCAGCUAGAACUGUAUAAAUAAUCUGAUUUGAUUCCAAAGGGGUGGAGAAUUGAGCAGCGAGACAGCAGUUAUAUUAUAUAUUAUAUAAACAAAAACGGCUCCAUUGAGCUAAUGUUUUAACUUAAUGAAGCAGUUGAAAUGGUGCUUAGUGUCCCUUUAAGUAUAUGAAUUUGUCUAACGGAAGCUCCAAUAGAAGUAAAUAAGGCUGUGGAAAUGCCUGUAAAACAUCCUAUACUAAACUCAGGGCUCCUAAUUUCCAUUGGCCAGUAAAAAUUUGGCGACUUGAAAAAUGUAUUCCUGGCUAGUACAGUAUGGCUUACAGAGGCGAGUAAUUUUCAAGGCCUGGCUAGUAGCACAGGACUUUCACUUUUAAGCUCUGCUAAACAAGUAAACUAAUGAUGUACUUCCUUGAGACAGAAAAAAACAAAGUGGUUGGGAUAGGAGCGGAUGGUCUAUGCCAGACCUGUGUUCCACCAGAUAAUGGUAAUAUGACACACAGACUGCCUUCCUGCUUACUAUUUUCAGUCUAAAUGGGUACACACAGUAAGACUUCUUUCAGAGGUGCAAGUUAUUGAGUCUUCAUUGAGGAAAAAAGGCUGAACCCUGCAAAAUGAGUGUCCAUGUUACUUUAAAACACUUUAUUGACCUUCUCAUUUCUAACUACUGUGAACAACAGGAGACUAUCUGAUGGGUGGGGUGGAUCUAUUUAUACUUAUUUUAAAGUUGUUUCCUGUCCUUUCUGCUGUGAAAGGAUGAGUUACCCAAUAGUCAAUACCACCAUGUUUUGGUCAGCAAUAUAUUUCUACACUUCUGAAAACGUCUUGAGCAAUACCGGUUAUAAGAUUAAAAUAUAAAUAUAUUUAAUCACACCAUAUUGACACUUUCUGUGCUUUCAGAUUACUCCAUUACUAGUGAAAUAAAAACGAGUCUAACACUUUCUUGUUAUUUCUAGCUGUCUAUAAGAAAGCGAGACUUUGCAGUCAAAACUGAUGGGACUCCUGAUCUGAAUGGUCUGGACUUGGUAUGUGUACACAUAUGCUGUACUGAUUUUAUGAUUGAAUUUUCCAUUUCUGUGCAGUGUUUUUUAAAUGGAUGUUUCACAAAAAAUAUGUAGCAUACUUUAAAAUACAGUCAAUGCUGUGUGCCUUCAUGUUUUUCUGUAGCAAGACCAUACAUCCUCUCUUGAAUGGACUAUAUAUUUCUUACAAAUUUUAUUCCAAAUGUGUCUCAUCUACAUUUAUAGUUUACAUUUGCCUUGUAAAAAUAGUGUGGGAAAUGGUUUGAGAUCUGGGAUGUCACAAAAUUUUCACAACUGGGUGUAAAACAAAUCUGAUAUAUAUAUAUAUAUAUAGAGAUAUAUAUAUAUAUAUAUAUAGAGAUAUAUAUAGAGAUAUAUAUAUAGAGAUAUAUAUAAAAUCUCCACAUAUUGUUUAAAGCAUUGCUGCAUGAAAAUCUUACUUUCAUAACACAGAUUGUUUGUACCUUAUAUUGUAUUUUCACUCUCUUUUUAAAUGAAAGUUGGAAAAUCACCCUUUACAUGUAUAUCAUUUGUUCAGAUGGAAGUUGGAUUUCUGCAUGUCUAAUAUUUUGAUGUUUGCUCUGGUAGAAAGUUUAAGCAGUAGGAACCAUAUUUGUAUGGCAAAACAUCAAAUAUGAGCAUCUUUUAAAAAAAAUAUUUAUUUUGUAGAAUGAUACUUCUUUAAAAGGAGUCUUAGCCUACUCUGCCAAACUAAAUACAAAUUUAUGCACUGGUACCCUGCCUGUUGUCUGCUUCUAUGUAGAUAUGUUCUGCAAUUGUAUUCUCUGAAGCGAACACCAGAUGAGGGGUCCAUCCUGCUAAUUCAUCUGCUAUACAGUGCAACCUUGACAUUGGUAGACUUUGUAACACCUUUCAUUUUUAUGGAUAUUGGUCUAUUUUUUUAAGAAAUUGUACUUCUUGCAUUUUGUCAUAGCCAAGGCUACUUGGGGCAGUAAUAAAUGUCAUUGACUAAAGACAAGAACAAAGUAACCUGAUCAUAAUUUUUUUGGAUGUUUUAAUUCCUGAAAUUUACACUGAGACUGCCUGUAGUUCACCGCUAUGCUGUGGUCAAAUGCAUUUGGUUGAACCGUUCUGAACCAGUAAGGAAAGGGAGGCAGUGUGGAUAGACAAAGAGGGAUAUUUAAAAUAGGGCGGGUUUAAAGGAGGGGAGAUGCACGGUUCUUGCAGGCACUGCCUGCGAGGUAGAAGCUCAUUAUGACUGUUGCCAGCAGGCUGAUGGUGAAUGUAAAUUUUGCACAGAAUGGACAUUAGAGAGUCUGUAAAAGAGGUCCAGGCUGCCUAGGUCACUUGUGCCAUGGGUGCAAUUAGCCCAUUGCACAAAAGUGCAAAUAUGUAAGUAUGUGCGGUGCUUUUAGAAAAACAUUGCACAUAGACUCCUGUCACCAUAACCACUUCUAAAAGCAAAAGUGGUCAUGGAGGUUGGAGUAACCCUUUAAUGAUGAAUGGUAAGGAAACUGCCUUGCAAUUUAUGUUGCUAUAGUUCUAUUGACUGCACUACAUAUGAUGUAAUACUUUAAUCCUCACAUUUCAGAGUUUUCUUUAAGUUACAAUAAUCUGUUUAAAAAUAAAUUAAUACAAAAAUUAGGCCCGUAAGAUAAAACAAGCCAUAUGUGUAUAUUUAAAGAUAAUUUACACUGCCUAUAUAAGUUAAGUAGCCAGUCUUUUUUUUCUUCAUGCACAAGAGCACAUGUGAUAUGUUAUAGGAAUGUGUGCCUACACAGUGUUAACCAUGUAUAAUUGUAUCUCCUUUCUAGGAUAUGAAACUUAAGGAUCUUCUAUCCAAUCUUCUAUCUAAAGAAGAACGAAUGCGAGCAGAGCAAGUAAAAACCCAUGAAUACUUACAGUUACCUGAAGAGACUGUAAACAUUUUGCCUGACACAGAAAGUGGUAUUGCUAAAAAUACUCCUGCAGAUUUCGCUUGAAAUGUGUUCACUUUACAAACUGUUUUAUUUAACGUUUUCCACAUUGGUUUGGUCACCUGAAUGAAAAACCUUUGGCAUUCUGCACCGUGAUAUUUAAUGUUGGUCAAAAUUUUGAAAUGUUUUUCUUUU